CGCGCGGAGGCUUUGGCAGUCGUAGCCGGACGCCGGCGGGGCAGGGAGGACUACCGGCGGCGGAAGACGCGAGUGGGGCGGCGGGCAGCGGCCUGAGGAGAAGACAGGAUUUCUCUCUUCCCCUCCCUUUAUCCCUUUCACCCCCCACCCGGAAAUAUCUGUGGCCCAGGACUAGAAAGAGCCCGACCCCUUUAUUUCGACCCGUUUUAGGGUCAAUUGCCUUGACUUUUAUUUUUGUGGGGGUGGGAAGGAGGUUUAGGAAGCCCUUCAGGCCGGUAAUGAGGUGUGGGGGCACAAUGUAAGAAGGCCGUGAUGAGGGACCCCUGAGGGGGGGCCUGAGCCCCCUGCCCCAAUUCCCCAUUCCCAGGCCUUCUGUAUUUAUCUCUAUACGCCGCCCCCCAUUAAAAAGGGUUGGUAUCCUUUCCACCGUCCCCCCUUAAAAGGUUUGUUUUUUUUAAAUAUAAAAAAUACAGCAGAAUCCACCUUUCUCCCUAUCACCACUCAGGGAUAUGCCUCUUCCCCUUUCCCUUUUUUAAUUAAAGAAAGAAAUAGGUAUCUUAAUUGCUCACCUCCCCAUUUUUGAGGGGUCUCUCUGUGUAUUCUAUAUAAUUUAUCCCACGAUACAAUUAAUAUUUCCCAUCCUCAUUUAGAUUGUCACUGCCCUUUUAAAAUUCCUUUAUUAUGUAGAACCCCAUUUGGGCAUGUUAUUAAAUUGUGGUCCCCUUUCUUUUCAAGGGUCUUUGAUUUUGUUUCUCCCACCACCUUUUUAGGCUUUAUUGCUUUCCUCCCCACCCCGUAAAAGCUUAGAUAAGCCCUCUACUUCUCAUAUUUAAACAAACCAUUAAAGGUGCUAACACCCCCUUUUAUUUCUGAAGCCUUAAAACUCACCUGUGCCACCUUUACCCAGCGACUUGUGCUUGCACGUCUCUGGCCUUUAUUAUUACAUUAGUAAUAAUAAUAAUUUAUAUCGGGCCCAAAGGAACCUAAAUGCUCGCUCUUCCCUUCCGUGGUCCCUCUUGCCUCUUCUCCCCUUCAGAGGAGGAUUAAUCUCCCCAUCCUCCUUUCCUUCUUCCUUUCCCCCAUGCCAGAAAACGCUCAUCGCCUUUGGGACGCCGGAGCAGCCAGCCAGUAUCCCCCGACCCCCUUCGCCUGGGGACCCCCGGCCUGUGCCUGCCCAAGCAACAUGCCCACAGCUGCCUCCCGUCCUUGGGGGCGGGCAGGAGGAAGGGAGACGGACAGACCCACCCUAGUCAACCUGCUUGGUGCCUCAUCUUCCUCCCCUUCACAGCCUGGGUUGCUGAUGUGAGCUUAAUAUUUUUUAAAAAGCCUCUGCUGUGGCGGUCCCUUCUCCCCAGCUGGUCUCCCUUUAUCCUCCCUGCCCGUUGGGCUUCAUGCCCCCUUGAAGGAGGAUGGAGGUGGUGGGAGACUUUGAAUAUAGCAAGAAGGACCUCAUAGGACAUGGAGCGUUCGCUGUGGUCUUUAAAGGUCGCCACCGCAAGGUAAAUCCAGCAGGGUAGGGUGGUGGACUCCUCUCCCCCUCCCUUCCCUUUCCCUCUUAGCCCAUUUCUUGGCUGGUUAUACAACCAUCUCCUUCCCUUCCUCUGUGUGUGUGUGUGUGUGUGUGUGUGUGUUUGUGUGCAUGACUGGUCGAGGAGGAGGUGAUAUUUGGAAUAAGUCAACGGGUCAGUCUGCAAGAAGCUCUGCUUCAGCAUCUCCCCAUUUCUCUGCCUUUUGAUCUGUUUUGUUUCUCCUAUCGCCAUCCUUGUUGUUGACAUCAGCUAGCCUGUUCUGGAGAGUCAGCCGAGGUCAGGUGUUUUCUAAAGCAGCGCUUUUUCGGGGGUGGGGGGCGUGGAAUGUGGACGUGGCUCCUCCACCUUUUUAUUCUAAAGUUCACGCCUGUUUUUAAUUUCAAAGAAGAGCAGAGGUGGUGGUGGUGGUGUCAACCUGUUAUUAUGGGCUCCUCCUGCCCCUUUUCUCGCUUGUUUAGUUGCAAUUGAUAGAAAGGUUUCAGCAAGGUAAACUGUUUAAAAACUCAGGGUGGAAUGCCUCUUUCCUUUCUCUGCCCCCCCCUUACUUGUAAAUCUCUCAAAGUGCAGGGGCAGCAGAGACCAGUCUUAUUCCCUCCCCCAUCCAGUAACUGCAGAGCUAAUGGGAAACUGUCUCUCUUCAGAUUGGUAAAGAUUCCUUAAAUGUCACCAGUCCCAGCCUCGCUGCCCUUUAUAAUGGGAAGCUUUGCUGGCCAUCAGCCCUCCCCCCCUUUACUUUAUUCUCAGAUAAACCUGCCCCAUUUCUGCUGCCAGUGUGUCAUGUCUAGUUGUGACCUCAGGACCUCAAUAACCCCUUUUACAUAAGCCCAGUAACUUGACCUAAAGCUUAUAAUUUCCCCCCCUUUGCUACAAGCUUAUCUAUCUUUGGACCUUUGGCAAGUUGAUGUUUCCCUUGCUUCUGUUAUGUAAAAAGAGCACAUUUAUUACCUACCUUGUCCUACCAAUAAGGGGGGCAUUUUCAGCAGGGGCAUCUCAGUUAUGGAAUACUGUAGUCUUUGCCCAGAGGGGUUCACCUGCUGCCUUCUCUGUGAUUUUUCAGAGCAUGUGGAGGCAUUUUAAUUCAUGCAAGCUUUUCAGUUGGGUUCUAAAUCUGGACUUUUUUUGGUGUCUCUUCUGGAAAAAAUUGUUUCUUCUAUAACUUUUGUUUUUGUUGAUUUUAAUUCAGAUACAGUGUAUGUUCAGUAUUGUUGUCUUAAGUAGGAAUAUUUAUUAAUAGGUGGUUGCAUAAUUCAAGAAAUAGCACUAACAAACGAGAGCAAGAUGGUUCCUUGUUGCCCAUCCUUUCCCACCUUUUGUCACCUUUCUCCCAUUGAAAAGGAGAUGGUGGUAAGCUCCUUAGGUCAGGAGCUCACUUAUGUUUUGCAAAGUACUAUGUAGAUAAAAAACAAAGCAACAAUUUUGCAGGGCAAAAAUGCCUUCUAGGCAGUUGAAGGUACUUUCAAAUUAACUUUACUCAAACUUAACACCUCCCCACAGAGCAUGCAACUCUGUGUGAUCUUUCUUGCCUUCUUAAGUGGUCUGUUUUUCCUAUUUGGCACCUCCCAGAACAGUUUGUGACUCAAAAGAUGACAGCAUUGACUGACUGAAACACAACAAAAAGCUGUUGCAUAACUCAAAUGCAAAGUUUAUAAGGGGGUGGGGAGAUUUGGAAAUUGAGUCAGGCACUUGUGUUGUGAGAUGAUCAUUUUACAUUUGGGAUUACCCUCAAUCUUUUCAAUGUCUUUAGUCUAUUGGAAACAGAUUUCUACUCCUCUGUAAUAAAGUAUAUGAAGAGCCUUGCAAUUUGUAGUCAUUUGUGAUUCAGAAUAUUCAAUUUGCUUGUGUAGUGGCUGCUUUUGCACAUGACACUAAGCUGUGUCUAGCCUAGAGGUGGUUUGUUCAGACUGGUGAAACCACCCUAGCAGACUAACCAUGUUUUGCUUUCAUGUGAAGCUAUGCCUUGUUGGUUCACAAACCCUGGCGUGUUUCAACUAUGGCUUGGCAUUAUGUCCACAUUCAACAGUCUUUCUUAACCAGGGUUUCUUAGGCCACUCCAGAUGCUUGUCAAGCUUACAGAGGCACAAUGCAAGAGCAGCUGAAAAAAACAAACCCAAACUUUGGAGAAACAAACCACUGCUUGUUUGCUUGUCUGUGAGAGGGCUUGUGGUUUGUUGGAAAACAGCAGCAACCAAGAUAUGGCACAGCAGUUAAAUGCAAAUGCAACCAUUGGAGGUGGAAGCUGACAAAAGGGAAUGUGAAUCAUUGAAGUAGUGUAAUAAUAGGCAGCCACAGGCCCUGUUUUAAUCAGGAGUAGGAACUAAAGGGGCAGUUCUCAUUGCCCACUACUUCCACUCUUGGAGGAAGAAUGCUUGUGAAUAGCAGUUGCUGGGAAACAAAGGAGGGGUGAGUGCUGUUGUGAAUUCUUGCGUGUGGACUUCCCAUAUGCAUCUGUUUAGUCACUGUGAGAACAAGAUGCUGGACUAGAUGGGCCACUGGCCUGGUCCAGCAGGAUUUUAUGUUCCUAUGACUGGAAAAUACAGUGGUACCUCGGGUUACAUACACUUCAGGUUACAGACUCCACUAACCCAGAAAUAGUACCUCGGGUUAAGAACUUUGCUUCAGGAUGAGAACAGAAAUUGUGCUCUGGCGGUGCGGCAGCAGCAGGAGGCCCCAUUAGCUAAAGUGGUGCUUCAGGUUAAGCACAGUUUCAGGUUAAGACGGACCUCCGGAACAAAUUAAGUACAUAACCUGAGGUACCACUGUAUUGAUGCCCCAAAUCUCGGGGGGAGUGGAUGGGACCAAGACCCCAGGCGGUGUCCUCAUCCCAAGCAGUUUCCAGCCACCUUUGCCAUGUCUCUGAGAUUGCAACUGGGGGUUCCAGUUGGUGUUCCAAAGGGGACUGGAUUUGGCCCUGGAGCCUUCAGUUGCUGACCUGUUACUUGCAGUAAAUAAGGGCUCAUUAGCAAGGGCCGAGGUGCCAGCCUCCUAUUACCCCAUCAUUCUCUUUAAACUGCUUAUGUUGACCACUCCUAAAGACUGGAAAUCCCAACAUAGCCAUUGACAGGCUAGGGCUGAUGGGAGUUUGUAAUCCAAAACUUCUGGAGGGCAUCAAGUUGAGGAUGACUGGUCUAGAGAACUUUUUUUAAAAAAGCACACGUUAGGGCCAUUGGGCUUCUUAACACAGAAAAUCAGGAUACUUGUUUGGAUUUAAAACACUUUUUUGUUAUUCUUUUCAGAAAACUGACUGGGAAGUGGCCAUCAAAAGCAUCAACAAGAAGAACUUGUCGAAAUCUCAGCUCCUCCUUGGGAAAGAAAUAAAAAUUUUAAAGGUAUGGUUUGUGAUAUUCUUCCAAACUUCAUCCUUCCUGCAAGGUGUCCUCAGAGGACUGGUGGGAAACUUAAUCCUCAUACCUAGAUAGUCAUACCAGUUCCAGCAUUUUAUGUCUUCCUGCAAAGGCUGGGAUUUGGAGGGUUUUCAAAUAAUGCAUUGGGAUUCUCCAUCUCUAGAAAUUGACAAAUCCAUUAGAUGACUGGUGCGGAGGGCUUGAAUAUUGCCAGGCCUCAUCUCUUUGUUUUUUCUUUCUAUGUAAGCACAGUAAAAGGACAGAUUUCAGCAUCUGUGUUUAUGACUUAUUAAAAAGAAUGAAAAUUUGUAGAGAUAGGUGUUGCAUUUUUAGUACACAGGCAAUGAAAUCAGCUUCCUGAGAAUUGUUUGUUUUAUUAAUGUCUGCUAGUUUCUAAUCUUUCAUAGUUUGCAAGGAUACACUCAGAAGUUUGUCUGGGUGAAUGGUACUUGAUGCUGAAAUCUCAGAAGCCCAAAUGUUAGCUGAGGAUGCAGGCUCUAAUGCUUUAUUAUUCUGCUAUAUUCCACCACAAACAGAAGUAUAAUUAUGCCAAAUAAGACUCAUUAUUAUUAUGUAAAAGAAUUCAGGGUUUCUUGGUGCAGAGUUCAAGUUUACUUGGGGCAGAAGACGAGAGUUUCUCUACCAAGGGACAUUGUUUUAAUUGUACUGAUUUUUCUAAAGCUCCUCCCACGCUGGACUUGGAAUGCUGUGGAUGGCAGCUUCUGGAGGGGUGUGGAAUUUUCACACUUGCUUCUGUCAUUUGGCUGACCUGGCCCAUUUUAGGGUAACUGAUUCAAAAGGAACAAUGCAUGAUCUGUCUUAAGGGGAUUGCGAAGUAGAGAUGUUGAAGAGAGAGAGAGGUUAUUCAGCAGCACAGAGGCCCAACUUCUUACUUACUGGGGUACUUUAUUUGAUCCCCAAGUCAAAACUUGGAACAUGGAAGGUUGCUUAAUAGCGGGUCAGACCAUUCUUCCAUUUAGCUCUGUUGUCUGCUGUCCAGGGCCUUGCCCAUCACCUCCUUCACCUGAACUCUUUUCACUUGGGAUUUCAGGAUUAAACCUGGGAUCUCCUGCCUGCAGAGCAGGUGCUCUACCAGUUAGCAGUAGCCCCUCAGCAGAAGUUAUGCCACCAUAAGGGUCUUGUGCUGUUGCUUCCCCUCUUAACUUGAUACCCCCUCCCCAAAGUCACACAGUUUCCAGUGCAGUGAAAUUUGGCACUGUUGUCUUUGCUGGUGCCAGACAUCACCUUCAGGAUUCUUUUUCUUGUACCUAGCACUCUCCUUGUUUUUUAACACACACGUUUCUAUCACCCGCACAGGUUUUUCUGUUCACAUUUAGCAAUACUGCGACCUCUUGGAAAUCUUUUGAGUGACCUAACUCAUCCUUCUCCCAGCACGAUGCCCUUCCAGAUGUUUUAGACUACACUUCUCGUCAGCCCCAAUUGGACUUGUAGUUCCAAACAUCUGGAGGGUUUGGUGUUGAGGGAAGACUGAGCUAGCUAAUUAGAUCAUUUCACAUAUGUCACCUCCUGUGCUCUCUUGACACCCCUCUUAGACACUACCAGGAAUUCAAACAUUUCAGCUAUUCUGAGCAUGUUGUCAAGCAACUCAUAACUUGAUUACCCCUUCUUUGAUAAACAAGAGCAGUUCUGGGCUAUGGAGGACAGCACCUUUUUCAUGAAGUGCAGCAGGGUUCUCUUACCACAAAUAUUUUAAAUAACAAAUGCAUUUCAUGUUUUACAGUAAAUUUGAGACGUGUUUUCCUCUAAAACGUCCCCACGUGGUUAGGAAUCAUUCUCCCUCGACCCCUUGAUACAUACUGGGCAUCCCUGGACUACAACUGCCACCAUCCCUAUUUAGCAGGACCAGUGGUCAGGGAUGAUGGGAAUUGUAGUCCAAAAACAGCUGGAGACUCAAGUUUGGGAAGCACUGGUCUACAUCAGCUAGCAGUGACUCUCCAAGGUUUCAGGCAGGGAAUAUUCCCAGCCUACCUGGAGAUGUUGGCAAUUGAACCUGAGAUUCUUUGCAUGUUAAUUAUGUGAUUAUUGCGCUUUCCCAAAAAAGAAAACGCAGGAGUCCAGUUCUUGUGGUUUUAAAUUAAGAGCUGGUUUUAGAAGGAACAUCGGAAUUAGACUUUUGCUGACUCUUUGCCCACGUAGCUCAGGAUUUUUGAUUGUGAUAGGAAGCAGCUCUCCAGGAUCUCAGACAGGAAGUCUUUCCCAGUCUUAGGUGGAGAUGCUGAGUUAUGGACUAGGCCCCCAAUUGCACUCCAGAAUAGGUGGGACUAUUGUUUACAAGCCAGCCCAUGUGCUCUGCCCCAUCAUGCAAUGCAGGUGCUCCAGAGCUGAACUGCAGCCCUUCCCCACUGCAGAGGUAGCAGUGACAGGCAGAACCUUCCCUGCCCAGUUGCUGAGGUUAGUGUUAACCACAACAGGUAGACACACAUCAGUCAUUAGAAUAAAAAGAAAACGUUUAAAAUGACCCCACCUCUUUCACCUUGAAACAUAACUGCAGCUGCCUAAUCUUAGAACCAGCUAAACAGCACUUUUAAAAAGGGGGAGGAAAUCGCUGAGAGACAGCAGCAGCUGAAAAAACAGUAGAUAAAAAGUGGCUGGUAAAAAAAGGUGGCGAUUAUGAAAGCCAACCUUGGCUCCAGAAUGGAGAGAUGCUAUCCGCUCACUAGGCAGGAGGAGCAAAAGUGCACAUGGGACAGUAAACCAUUAACUGGGACUUCCCAGGAGGAGCACACACAGCCAGUCUGUUUGUCUUUCCCCUGUUACAGAUUCAAUACACAACAAAUGUAAAUAUACAACAUAAGAUAACGGGGAGGCAGGUUACAUUUCUCCCCCCCCCCCCCGUCACAGCUUGGCAGGAGAGGUCACAUUUUUAUAGUUUUUUUGGGGGGGGGGUUGCUUGUACAUUUCUUCCACAUGUACAUUUGAUGCUAUUUGACUGGCCUUCACAUCACUUGUGAUGUUGCCCUAACUGAAUAGGGAUAAUCUCUUCAAGUGCUUCUCUUCUUUUUUCUAGGAACUUCAGCAUGAGAACAUUGUAGCUCUCUAUGAUGUCCAGGUGAGUUUGUUCUCCAGCCUGUUGGACCUGGCUGUAUUUUUUUAUGAUAAUAAUUGUGCAUGUACAACUUCCCAAGGAGUUGCUGUGUUUGGCUUCCUGAAGGAAACACAACACAACAGGGGGUCUUUUUGGUACCUUCUAAAGACUGAUAGCUUUAUUGUGGCGAAGGUGAGGAGUUUCAGUCCCCUUUCUCUGAUUUUCGAGAUUGUCCAGACCCCACUCCUCAGUGGCCCUGUCCUCGACUCCCCUUGAUUGCCUUUGCCUGAAAUGUGUCCUUGAGUUGUGAAAAUGCCUCUGAGUGUGGGUGGGUGUGUUUAGAAGCCUCUGGAUUUUAUGGGGCUGAAAUGCAGGCUACAGUAUGAAAGUAACAGUCACACCUGUCCACUUCUGCCUCUGGCCCCACCUACAACUUGCUUGCAGCCCCAUGAAGGUUCCCUUGUGUGCCAAUGCGGCCCUCAGGAUGAAAAAGGUUCCAUUCCCCUGCAUUACAGCAUCGACUUCAUUUGGACAAGAAACCUGACUGAUGUGGAAGAAAAUGUCCUGCCAGUUACAGGAAAAAUGCCAGCAUUAUUUGGUUCUGCGCGGGAAGACUAUCUUAGAGAUGAGCACCUUCUAAAGUGCGUCUGAUCCCACAGGCUGCAGCAUUCUGGGAACAGGAGUGGGCUGUUUCCGAUGGGGGUCACUAGGGAGCAGGAAGAGCUUCGCUUUGUUCUUGCUGGUGUCUGGACUAGGUGUUGAGCUCAUUGUGCCAGCAGCUCUCCUCUUUGUUUAUAACAGAAGGCUUUGUCCAGAAGGCUUCUGAUGGAUUGGAAGGAUAGAUUAUUUAUUUUUGUUUGGAUCCUUUUUUCAGUGCACUCUUCGAGGCAUGGAUUUCAGGCCUGUCACUAGGGUUCCCUGCCCUUCCUAAGGGACAGUUGGAGUGAAUGAACAUGGCUAUUAAAUGGUUUCCCUCAUUUCUUCCCUCUCCUGUAUGGCUUGAAUGCCCAGAGUCUCUGUGUCUGCUUGUCAGAGUGAAAAGUACCCUGGACUCUGCAUGUGUGUCUGCCUCACGUUCCCUUAAGAGGAAAUGUGUGCUGCCUCCUGAGGCUUGUGAUGGUCAGAUGCAACUAUUGUUAAGACGACAUGUGUGUACUUAGAGGUUCUGGUUCCUUGUGUGCUUCCCGGGCAAUCUCUUGUUGGUACAGAAAUGCAGAAAUGAUGUUCCUGUUCAAGAGGCAGGUGGAGGGAGCUUGUCCUGGAAACAGCAACAUGUUCUAGGGCUCCCCUUCCUGCAAUCUGCCAGCUGUGGCCUUUGUGUAAAACUGAGGUGUACCUGGUUUGCUAAGCCUUUUCAGCUUCACAAAAGGAAGCGGAAUGAAGCUUCUAGCUGGGCUGGUCACCCAGCUCUGCCUCAGCAUCUUUACUUCACAUAGGACUUUUCCAUUUGCUGGUGUGCUUUUCCCAUCAGCCCCAGCUGGCAUGGCCAUGCGGCGGCUGAUGGGAGCAUGAGCACGCUGGCUGGGGCUGAUGGCAGUUGUAGUCCAAAACAUCUGAAUAGCACCAGGUGAACGAAGGCUGCCUUAGUUAUUAUUUUUCCAUGAGUAUAGGCAGGAGAAGAUAACUCUGGGCUGCUUAUAUUGCCAGUUGUGGAUGGGGUUAGCACCUGCUCCUGAAACCAAAUGUAAAGGGAUUGGCUGAAGCUGCAUGGCAUCAGAAAAAGACACUGGAGCCUCCUCAAACUGGACUAUCCCAUUUUCUGUCCCCUCCUCCAAUAAAACCACUAGAGGAUCCGCUAGGGUCACAUCUACCUCAUACAUUUAAAGCACAGGGCUUCCCCCCAGAGAAUCCUGGGAACUGUAGUUUACCCUUCACAGAGCUAUAAUUUCCAGCACCCUUAACAAACACUUCCCAGGAUUCUUUGAGAGAAGCCAUGUGCUUUAAAUGGGUAGAUGUGAUCUUACACCAAUUGCCCUGUGGGGAGGAUCCAGUCAGUAGUUCUAUUUUGAUAUUCUCCUGUUGCGAUUUUUUUCAUUAUUAUUACUGCAUAUUUUGACAUUGGUUGUAAGCUGCCUGAAAAUCUAUACUUAAAGGUUGGGUAUAAAUAAUGAUUUAAAAGGUUCUUUUUAAUUGGUUAAUAAAGCUCAACUCCCGGCUUGCUUUAUCCCACAAGCUGCUUAAUAAGUGCCUACUCUUGCUGCAAAGAAUGCUGGCCUCAGCAUCUGCAAGCCUGCCCCACACCCCAGCCUUUACAGGUUCUAUUCCAUGCCUGGCAAGUUCCUAAAGGGUCAGAAACCCAAGUGGCAACCUAACUUAGCUUGAUCAUGUUUUCAGAUCUCAUGGUUUAGAUUUUGAUUAUUUAUUUUUGAAAUCUCAUCAUAUGUUCCGGAUGAACAGGUGUGUUGUUCUGGAACAUGGCAAGGUUGACUGUAUCAACACCUUUCCUGGUCAUGAGCUGUUGGCUGGAAGAAACCCCUGGCGCUGUGGAGACACGUCAUACUUCCCAGCAUGCCAGGAAUUGUUUCCUGAAAAUGAAAUGUCACACAAGGCGGACGACUGAACGACUCAUAACAGUUCUGCUUGGGGGUGGGGUGAGGAGCAUUGCCAAUGGAAACAGACUUACCCUUUCACAAGGUGGCCAGACAACCAUGGAAAAGCCAGUCCACAUGUAAUAGGUGGCAGUAGCAAACUUGCAGAUUUUUUUCUAGCUUGGCUUCACGAGCCUCCCCAUCUUUUGGCCUUCUCUCACACGCAUGUAUCCUAUUUCGUUUAAGGUUGCUUUAGCAGCUGCAUCAGCUUAAAGCCAAAGCAGAAAACAAGAGUGUAAUAUGUAGCACGUAAGUGAAAUGCUUCAGUGUGAUGCAAAAAUCCAGGAAAAAAAAGAACUGUUGUCUUGAAUUAUGCAUUGAAUUAUGGCAGCUGGCAGCAAGUCCCUUUUCAUUUGACAUUUGUCUCUUUGCCUGUUCCAAUUUACAUUUUGUCAGGAAAUAGGUUCUGCUGCCCUAGGAGCCUAGGAUCAGACUAGCCAGGUAUUGUCUUCUCUGACUGGCCGCAGCUCUCCAAGGUGUUGGAUAGAGAAGGGUCUUUCCUAGCAGCCUCCUGCUUGGAGGCCCUUCAUAGUGGACAUUCAGGGGAUUAAACCUGGUAUCUUCUGUAUGCCAAGCAGGUGCUCUGCUGCUGUUCUGUGGUUCCUCCCAAAACGCACCACAGUGAAUCUGUACACAUACGCAUUCAUCUCCCUGCAUGUAGAAAAUUAGAUAGGAAACUUUUCUUCUCAGCAUCUAGUCUUCAGCUAGCAUGAGUAGCAGCAAGGAAUGCCUUUGCUUAUGAAUGAGCAUCUAGUCUCAACUAAUAUAUGGCUCAGGCACAGGGUGUUCCUCCUCAUCUCUUGUUUGUGACAAUUAGGCCUUAGGACAGCAGCCUACAAGAGCCUGGAGCCUUCCAGGUGCUUUUAACAGCAGUUGCCAGUAAGAGCCCUGGGGCUGGUGAACGACAAACUUUUUGCGGAUGGCUGAAGAAGGCUGUUUCAGAAGGGAGCCUCGCAUUUCUGGGAGCAGCUUCUCACAUGGUGGAAUUUAGCAGGUGUCAUUUCUUUCCUUGCUAUUCUCUGCUCCAGCAGUCUGUUCGACAGAAGAGUGUCAUAGCUGCUGAGAUUCCAGUCAAGCAUUUGCUUUGCUGUUUAGCACAAGUAGUCCCUUCUGAUCUCACUUGUCCUCCUUGCAUGGCCAGUUCUGCCCUUUCUGACUAAUUCUUUGCACUCUUCAGUUUGAGAAAUAUAGCAAAGAUCUGUUUCCAUCUCCUGCUUGUAACAGCUUUGCUUUUUCUUACAUAAAGGUUGUUUGGGAGGCACCAUCUUUUUUCCUGGGCUGAGCUGAACAGCUGCCAGCUUAGCAAAACUUGCUCAUGGUACCCAUGAGUCUUAAUGGCAGGGCUGGACAAGGGAGGUGAGAGGGAAAGUAGUGUUUUCCUUCCAGCCUUGGACUUGAUUUUGAAAAACUCCAGUUUGCUGGAGGAAAGGAUAUGUGAAUGUCAUACCUUUUUGAAUAUAUUUCAUGCACAGUUUUGUAAGGAAACGUAAUACUUGGCAGGACACUGCAGCUUGGCAGAGGGAAUUGGUCUCUGUGAAAUUGAUGUGCGAAAAGAGCAUUGCAGUCAACAAAAACAAGGCUUUGUGGUGCCAGACUUAAAUGAAACGGCGCUUGUCAUCAGCAGUAAGAAGUUUUUACAGCCUGCAAAGAAUGAUUAUGACUCCAUAGCUGGGCUUUGGUUAGCUUUGUCAUUGUUCCCUCCCCAGACCGUGCGCUUCCUGCAUCCCCUUUGCACAGCCUUUCAGGGGGAAAGCCAGGGCUAAGAGGAGAACCUCUGCUGUAGCUCCACCCAUGUUUCUCAUUGUGAACCUGGGUGUGGAGGAUGGAGAUUUCCUUGGUGCUCCUCCCCUCUUAUUACCAUAGGGCUCUGCCCACACUGCAUUGAUUCAGGUCACUUCACCCCACAGGUUUGGUAGAGUAAACCAUACCACGUGGCUGCUUGUAGAUGCUGGAAACAGGUAAUUGCCAGGUCCUCUUUCACUAAGUCCCCAACAAUAGCUUGGAAAUAAUUCCUUUUCAACAAAAUGCCUGUUCUUCCUAGAGUGAUCAACUUCCGCUGUCCCACACAGAAUUACAGACAAUGAAACAGUGAUGUGUUCUGCACAGAAGAGGCAAAUAGCCCCCUGCCUGGUUGCCUUGUUUUGGAAGUUUUUGUAUACAGGAAGAGCCCCCAUAUAACCCUCAGUUAACAGAUUGAUUUAUUCUAAAAUAUAAUAGGAGUGGCUGAUACUAGUUGACCUAGGUACAUCUGGUCAGGCUAGCUAAUAACAUUGGACUUAACUUUGCCUACAUGGUCUAGAAUCAAAGAGUGCAAUGUAGAAAAUAAGUAUUGUCAUCAGAACUGGUGUAGUCAGUUGUUCAGAAUAACGUAGCUUUCAGGAUGCCACAGAGCAACCCUCUUCCUUUUUGAGGACAUGUCAUUCAUUCAUAUUAACUUCAAGCAAUCUAACACAAAAACAUGCUUCUGUUCUAAGUGUGCUCUUCUGACAGAUUGGUUAACUUUGUGUUUGAAAGCCUGUCCCUCUUGCAAAAGCUUCAGGUGGAAAAACUGAUAACCAGAUAAAACUGGAGGAGGGGAGUUGAAUGUUGGCCAGCCCCCCCCCACUUAAUUCUCUCCCCUCCCCGCUAAAUUCUCUCUUUCCCUCCAGUGCUGAUGCUGUUUUUCAAUUGACUUGACAUAGGAUAGAUCCCACCCACGCCAUUCUAUUCAAACAGCCAGCAUUCAUGUUUUGGGCAACUUCAAAUAUAAAGUGCUUUGUAGAAUGAAUCAUUCAGCCGAUCUGCUUGUGGGAAAGCAUUCAGUUGAGGGUCUUUUUCAUUUUUUUUAUGAAUGGUCUGUAUCACUUACCAAGUCCUUACUGGAAAAACUCCCUGGUGCAUGCAGGAUAAAACCAGAAUCCCUGGUUCCCAUUAUUUCUGAACUUCAGCCUGUGGCUUUUUGCUCCUUAGCAAACCACAAUCACUAGCCAGCCUGAAGCCAUUGUUUGUUGUUGGCUUGCUGAUUGUGGGUUGCUAGGGAGCAACCAUUAACGGUCUUUGGCUGGAUGCAAUGGGAAGCUGAGGCUUCUUGGCUUGUGCCAGGAAGGAGAACAAAGCAGAACAAUAAGACCAUGCCUAGCUUAGUGUUAUGUGUGAACACUGUAACUGUCAAGCAACUGGUGACCUCCAGGCCAGAACAAGCCUGCAGCAUGCUCCUUAGUCUAUUGACUGUCUCUUCCCCAGUCCCAGCUCUCCUUUUACCUCUUUCUAGAAAGAUGGGAAGAGAACAAGUGCACAGCCUUGUUGCCUCGAAAAUAUUUGCUUAAUUAGGUGACUCAUGAAUUAAAUACAAAUAAAUACAUAAACCUUCCCUAUAAUACCUGUUUAGUAAAAUAAUAAUAAUUUAGAGAGCGUCACUUGCUUGAUGAGCAUAUUUCCCCCAGUUCUUACCUUCUGGAUUCCACUUGUGGUGACAGAUCCUGCUUGCUGGCUUCCCAUUGGGGCACCUGGUUGGCUACUUUGGCAACGGAAUGCUGGGCUUGGGUGUACUUUUGGUCUGAUCCAAAGGACACUGACAAACUGGAACGUGUCCAGAGGAGGGCAACCAAAAUGGUCAAAGGCCUGGAAACGAUGCCUUAUGAGGAACGGCUAAGGGAGCUGGGCAUGUUUAGCCUGGAGAAGAGGAGGUUAACGGGUGAUAUGAUAGCCAUGUUCAAAUAUAUAAAAGGAUGUCACAUAGAGGAGGGAGAAAGGUUGUUUUCUGCUGCUCCAGAGAAGCGGACACGGAGCAAUGGAUCCAAACUACAAGAAAGAAGAUUCCACCUAAACAUUAGGAGGAACUUCCUGACAGUGAGAGCUGUUCGGCAGUGGAAUUUGCUGCCAAGGAGAGUGGUGGAGUCUCCUUCUUUGGAGGUCUUUAAGCAGAGGCUUGACAACCAUAUGUCAGGAGUGCCCUGAUGGUGUUUCCUGCUUGGCAGGGGGUUGGACUCGAUGGCCCUUGUGGUCUCUUCCAACUCUAUGAUUCUAUGAUCCAGCUGCCAAGCUCUUCUGAUGAGAACACCAGAAGAAAUGGGAAGGUCAAGUGUAGAGGUGAACCCCGAGAACAUAAGAGUCUGCUGCCCGCAUCUAGUCUAGUGUCCUGUUAUUGUAAUGGCAAACCAGAUAUCACCACUGGGAAACAGGCACGUGGGACCUGAGUGGAAUAGCACUCCCCCCUCCUGUAAGUGGUAUUCAGAAGCAUACAGCCUCUGAUCUUGGAGGCUAGAGCACAGCCAUCCAUAACCAGUAAAAAACACAAGUUUGUUGUGCACAGUGGGUUGGAGGAUGCGCUGAGAGAUUUUACCUGCUGCUCAGUUUGGUGCCCUAGCAUAUUAAGCUGCUGACUGGUGUCACUGAUAGAUAGUAAUAAAUCUAGUCCCCUCCCUAAACCCCCCAGAAGUUUGAAAUGCUUGGAACAAAAAGGAAAGCCUGCUCCAGGUUGAUCACAUUCUCAUUAAGUGAGCUUGUAUACUUCCCCUGCAAUUUUUUUUUCACGGGCCUUGAUUUGUAUUAGCUGAGCUGUCUGAGCCCACAGACACCUGGAAACCCGGUAUUUCGCUUUCAGCCAAACUCAGAGGGCUUGAUGCAUCACUUAGCCUGGCUCAAGGAAGCACUGGUGGGGUGGGGGGAAAUGCAAACAAGGUUCAUUCAUCUGGAAAUGCACCCCGGUGAAUUGGUGAGCCAUUAAUGUCUGUGCAUCGCUUGACAGUCAGAGAGCAUUGCACAAAAGCAGGGCUGAUAAUUGCUGUUGAUUUUCAUGCGGUCAUUCUCUGCAUCUUGAGCAGCUGGGGGCUGCAGUUAAUUGCAUUUUGCAAGGAGAGCCUGUCCCUGUCUCAGGAGUGCAAGCAACUGAAGAAAAACCGAAGGCAGGCUGGGGGAUGGAAAGGUGGUGGAAUUAUUAUUAAGGCUAUAGAUCAGUUGAAUAAAGCAUAAUUGUUAUAGCCAUAGGUCACCACAAUAUAAAUAUAGCAUAUAAAAGGGGGGGGGAGAGAAACAAAAAAGCAAUACUCCCCCCCAUUUAAAUCACACCUCUUCACGCAUUGUAAGCUAUGCAGCUGUGGGCAGGAUUGGUUGGUCUAGAUGACUCUUGGGGUCCCUUCCAGCUCUACAGUUCUAUGAUUAUAUACCCACCGUACGAAGUUUUUUGGAGCAUGACUUGUAUUUUCGUACCUUCCAGAGCAAAUUUUGUUGCUUGGAUGGUAGUGAAUACAUCUCUGCCUACAAGCAGUGUACAUCUUUGGUCCAGGAAGGGGACAGGGGAAUCUGUUUGGCAGAGAGUGAAGGAGACAAGUAAGGAAUGUUGUUCCCGAGUUGCUAAUAUAAGGGGCAACUUGGCAAAAUAAUAGGAGACUUUCUUAGCCUCACCAGACUCACAGAUAAGCUCUUCAUGAAACAAUAAACGCUUCUCGGCAUAUGAUCACCCAACAAGUAUCAUGCAUUACUGAACCCAGUGGGAUAGGGAGUUCCAUAAACUGGGUGCCUAGUUGCGAUCAGUCUUCUUCUGAUUUCUUGGCUAAAUCGUUAGUGUACCCAGGUUUCCCUAACCUAGUAAAACAGCCUUUGUUUACAGCGGAUUAUGAGGCAUGUCCUAAAACUUGUACUCAUUUACUUUAGGACAACCAACCAGCCAACCAACCAGUCCAACUUAACCUUCUCACCCAGCACAAUGAACAAUGUGUGCCCUAAGUUGACCUCACAUCCCCUUCUAGGGAAGCGUUCUAUAUACCAUAAAUGCUUCCCUCAGGAUAUAAUAUUGGAAGGCCCCAAGAUUUAGACAUGGAUCGGAAACCUGCAGUCCCUUAUCUUUGCCACUUGAUGAACAGUUCCAGCUGUCCUUAAGUACAUAGGUAGUCUUAGGCGGUAACCUUUGCCACUUGGAGAUGUCUGCAGGCUCGGCAGAUAUCCCAUGGAAGUAUCCAUUAUUUGACUGGCCCAUUGUCUAUGCUUUGCAGGGGAUUGGACUAGAUGACCCAUGGGAUCCCAUCCAUCACUACAAUUCUAUCUCCUCACAUUGGGAAUUGCCAUAUGCUAGGUUAGACUAUUCAUCCGUCCCCAGUACUGUCUACUCUGACUGGCAGCAGCUCUGUGUGUAUGUGUGUGUUUCUAGCAGAGAGGGAUUUUUCCCCAUUGCUUGUUCCCUCGCGCUCUUUCUAUCUGGAGGCUGACUGGCAGCUUCUACAUGCAAUGCCAAGUGUCCUACCCGCUGAGCUGCGGUCGCAUUCAUUCCCAGUUGAAUACGCAGCCUCUGCUGUCCCCCUGUGAAGCCCGUGUUCCGCGCAGGGAUGUGCCAUGGCAACACAUGUUUUGAGUGAGCGUUCCCAUAACUGGCAGGAAUUUAUGCCUUGGUCCUGCAUGUCAAUCAUCUUGGCACGUCAGCUGGAGCAGCCACAGCCGCAGUCGUUUUUUUGGCGGGCAGUUAGGAGUCUUGAAACUGUCUGUGGCUGGCAGCCAGCUUGGUAGGAAAAACUGACGAUGUGCAUCGCCCUUUAUCCCUGGUGAAGCAGACCAGAAGUCCCUGAGAUGUUUCUCCUUUUGAGGACGGUGUGGUUUCUGCCUUUUUUGUCAAGGUGGAGCAUCCUGUUGGAUGUGGAGUUUUUGUGUGUGUGUGUGAACAGUGCUGUAUAAAUAAUGGUAAACAAAGAAGGCGCUGCACCCUCAGGAGUUCAUAGAAAUGCCACCCAUGAGGAACAGAAAGUGGGAAGGAACUAAUACUGUCAGCUGAGCUUGAGCUUGUGUAUUCUGGGAUGGUCCUUUUGUUUAGAUCAUCCUUGUACUGUAGUUAAAUUUAACAACUGUGCAUCAUUUUUCCUCAUUGUAACAGCACACUUUUUGUUUUGCAAGACAUAAGCUAGGUUUGCCACUUAAAGGGUGUGGGGCAAGCCGCCUUCUACCUGGCACCCUUCAGAUGUUUGGGGCUAUAACCCUUUAUCAAAUUAUGCAUAGCAUGGAGAAAGUGGCUAGAGAAAUGUUUUUUCUCCCUCUCUCAUAACACUAGAACAAUUGGGCAUCCAGUGAAGUUCAGUGUUGGUCUAUUCAGGACAGAUAAAAGAAAGUACUUCUUCAUGCAGAGCAUAGUUAAGACAUGUGGAACUUGCUUCCACAGGAGGGCCACCACUUUGGAUGACUUUAAGAGGAUUGAACAAAUCCAUAGAGGAUAAGGCUGCCGAUGACUAGAGCUGGGCAAUAUCUGGUUUUCAACAUUGUGAUAUAUCACCAGCCAAACAUAUCACAAUGUCUGAAAUAAGGAUGGAGCUAUGUAGAGGCAUUGGCUGGCUUCAUGGUUUUUUCCUGCAUCGUGAUUUUUGCAUCACACACACACACACACACACGAUUCACAGUAUAUUGCUGGGUCAAAUAUUAUGAAACCAAUAUCAUGAUAUGAACUUCAAACUGGGUUUUGGACAAUAUAUUGAUAUAUCAUCCAUCCCUGUUGAUUACUAGCCAUAGCAACUGUGCUGUGCCUCCACAGUUGGAGAAAACAAUACUUCUUAAUACCAGUUGCUGGAAACUGCAAGAGGGGAGAAGAGGAUGUUGGCCUAGAUGGGCCACUGGUCUGAUCCAUCAGGUUCUUCUUAAGUUCUUAACACCCAUCAGUGCUUGGCAGCUGGGGCUGUUGGGAGUUCUAGUCCUAAAUAUCUGGAGGACACCAGGUGGAUGAAGGCUGAUGUAGGGUAAUGGAGCUAUGUAGGGCACUGAACCUUCAGCCACCAGAGAUCUUGUUCACGUACACACAAACACUCUCUCAUUGUUGAGAUUGCAGCAGGCAUGACUCGCAUUUAUUUUCAAGCAUGUCUGUGGAGUCAUAAGGCUUAGAAACUUGGUAUUUUUAGUAACCUAGGCAGGAAGAAAGCUGGAUUCCACUCCCAUUACUACAUUCUGUGCCACUUCUCUUUUGCUGAAGGAAGAGUGUGGCCACGGCCUCCGUUUCAUUCACGAUCAAUGGAGAACAUGCAAAACCAAAGUGUGCACUUCGCCUCAGUUUUACUGCACCAGGGCAUGUUAGAUGCAGAGAUGAUUUAAGGCUGGGAAUCUCAGAAUCGCAAGCCAUGCAUGGAGGUAGUAGCUGCAGCUCUGGGAAAUGUGGUGAAGCCCAGCUUAUUACUCUUUGCUUCCUGGAUGUCUGGGUGGUCAUGGCAAGGAAGAAGGCUGAGCCUUACCUACGUCUGUUUUUAUUAAGAGUUUCUUAUUGAACUUUUCAAAAAGGAACAAAAACAAAGGCAAACAAUACAAACUUAACCAUAAUAAAUCAAGACAAUGUGUUCUGUACAUAUAAAUAAGGGGGAUUGUGUGAGACAUCUGAUGGUCCAGAUGAACCCGGUGCUCAGACAUCCAAGCAAAUAGAUCUAUAUAUAGAGUCUAUAUAACAGACAACUUCCUGCCUUUCUUGUGUUUAGAGGAGCACCUUUAUCUCAUAUACUGCCAGCUGAGUCAUGUCUUCUGUGUCAUUGGGGGCAGUAGCCUCUUUCCAGUAUUGAAGCAUUAGGCGUUAAGUCACCAUAAGUGCCCCUAGAAGUCACUUAUAUUGUCCCCUUGUCAGGUUCCAAAGGACCGGCACACAGUUCAAUAGAACAUUCACGUCAGUAAAUCUGAAGGAGGUGUCCAAAACCAGAUUUAUGCAGCUGACGACCUCUGCCCAAAGGACUUGAGUUAAUCUUGUUAAAUUGCAUCCUGCCUCUUGGAGCAAAGCCCUCACCAGGUGAUUUUCAAUAGAACAAAAAAGUUAAAAGGUGUCAUUGUUGCUCCUGGUUUGUACGGCUGCGAGGGAAGGGCACUUUGCAUGUGGCCUUGUUUAUACAUUUGAAGGCUGAAGCAUACCAUUUGAGAUCUAGUUAUGGGCCCUGCUUGUGUUCAGUUCUGGUGGGAACCCGGGCACGUGGCUUUUACAGGAAGAAAAUACUGCAACUUCUCUGUUGCAGGGAAGAGCCAUUGUUCAGCCGAGGAGCACAUGCUGUGCUUUCAGAAGAUCCCAGGUUCAAUAUCCAGCUUGUCCAGAUAGGGCUGGAGAAUCCAUGCAGUCUUGACACAGAAGGGAGCAUCUUCCUGUACUGGCAAAGCACACCUGCAGCCUUGCCCGUUGUGUUUUGGUGAAGCUGUGUGCAAUUCAACAUUCUGCUCUGCGUAAUCCUGAACAACUCUCCUGAAAACUGUUUCCAAGGCGGCUGUGAAUGAGUUUAGUCGGACAGAAGAAAAGAGGCAAUGAGAGGGUGAUGUUAAAAAGAAAAGUGAACCCCUUGUCCUAAACAUUAGUUACUGGAAUGAGUGAAUGGCUCUGCCUCUCAGAUUUAAUGGAUUGGUCUCCUGAUAAAAGUCCCACAAGUUUACUGCUGGCAAGAUGUUUGGGCCAAGGGCAGUUUGGACAGGAUGCAUCUGCUCCAUGCAAGCAAGCAAACAGAGUGACCAGGAGGAAUCCUUUCAUUCAAUCAUCCACUGAUUUCUGUCUCUAUCCUCAUUUGUAUGAGCCAGCCUUCCAAUCCCCAAGGAUAUCUGCUUUCCUAGAAGUUUCGCUUUCUUCGCAGGAAGUCUUGCGAAGUAAACAACACUGCUCCAUUGCUUCAGAGAGGCUGGUUGAAGGACUUGCCCAACUCCUCUGCUCUCCAGCCAGUUCUUUGUUGGCUCCUCUUUUCUUUCCAGGAAAACAGAGUAAUGUAAACUGGGUGCGGCACUACCCGAGGAUGGGCGUGCAGCAGCAGGGAAAUAUUUAUCUGUUGCUCCUUGGAGGCCAUGCGAGGACAGAGAAAAUUUGGCUCCCUCUCUGGUGCCUUCGGGCCUCUACCAUUGGUGCUGUUCAGUGAAAGCUUUGACUGGUUCAGCUGUGAUAGCCAGCAGACAGGCUCCUUUCCCCUGAUCUGUUACUUCCCUUGGCUGUCUUCCCAUGGAGAGGAGCGGUGGCUUCCCGUCGUUCACACAGUUACAGCACCCUGGAGUAACAGCAAAAGUGUGUGCAUUUGAGGGGGGAGAUGCCCCUUGUGGUAACCGCUGGUGGCAAUCAGACUGGCUGUAUUCAGGAGGCACAGAGCUGCAAUCCCAAAAUUUGCCAGGAAAAUAACCAACAGAUACUGGCAGUUGACCCAAAUGAACUGCGGGACAGGAAAGAGAAUGGCAUCUGGGUAAGAUACAAGGCAUCCUGGGAUGUAGUUUGAGUAAGACCAUUCUAUAAAUGUGGCUAUUCUUGGUCCCAAGUGCCACUUGCCCUGCUUGGCUGAAUUAUGGCACAGUCUCAGAGAUAUCUUUUCCCAGCCCUGUCUCCUUGCAGUCUUGUGCCAGGGGUCACAGCUGGGACCACUUUCUGUGACGUCUGUGUUUUCCAUUUGAGCUGGGAAUUCUUCCUAGCCAUCGGAAGGAAGGGGAGAGUGUGGUCAGGCCUGGUCUAGGCCCUUGGGAGACCAUAGCAACCCCGUUACAUCGCUUUACCUCUUCUCAACCCUCUUGCUGUUCCAGCAGUAUCCCCCCUCCCUUUUGGUUGGGCCCCUCUAAGCUUCUUUAGCACUGUCUGAAGUCUCCUUUUUUUACGACGCUUGUUGCUAUAAUAAUAGUAAUGUCCAGGUUCGUAGAUUGCAAUAUUUGAUGGGUUUCGGGUUUUGAUGUUCUAGGCAUAAGCAUAGAAUUGUAGGGUUGAAAAGGGAACCCAAUGGUUAUCUAGUCCACCCCCUUCAAUGCACAGUUCCUUGAAAUAGAAGAUCUUGCCAGUGAAAAGUUGCUUGUAAACAAAGAAUGUUGUUGGGUCAGCCAGGCUGCCAGAAAAGUAGGCUUUUAAGAAUACAAGAAGAGCCCAGCUGCUGUGUCAGGCCAAGGGCCCAUCUAGUCAAACAUCCUGUUUUUGCAACGGCUUAUCGGAAGCCCUUGUGAAUCCCACAAGAAAGACAAGAACACAGUAGCCCCCUUCUUUGCCACAGCUGCUGCAUUUCCACAUCCCACAGGUGAGCACUCGAGUGAGUCCGCAACUAUAGUCUUCCUUAGCCAAAUGGUUCACUCCCAAAAGUGCUUGCUGUUGCCUGCCCCACCCCAAACACUGCAAUACAGAAAAUGUUACAUGCAGCGUUCUAAGCUCACUCUGUGUGGAAGAACCAGUACCACUGCUGGUGGCGACGGCAACUUUGUCUCUGUCUGCAUGGCCCUCCUAACUGCUGGGCUGUGGCGUUACCACAUUGUUUGGAUUGAAGGGUUAUUCCUCUUCUUCCUAGUUUAUUUCCCUAAGUUGAUUGGCUGUGUCUGGGCUGCCCGGGGUGGGAGAUGGGGCUGGUGUUCAUAGCGUUAGGCCUGGCUUGCUGACUUCCUAACUGCUGGACUGUAGCUUUAGCUGGGUUGGGGUGGAGGGGAAGAUGUGGACUUGGUACAUGCAUGUUCACUGUGUGCGAGGAGGGUUGUGUAUGUCUGUCUGAGGAGACAAUGGAGUGUGCCUCUGGAGGUGAAGUCAAAUCUCUGCCUUAGCAGCGCCAAAGUGACCUCCCCAAGGUACAAGCCUAGGCAGUGUGUAUCAAAGUCCUGGACUGCCCAGACAACAAGACCCACCUCUUGGCCUUGCUGAUGUAGUCCAAAGGAAAGUAGAGCAAUACGUUGGACACCUGCUUGGCUGCCAGAGUUUCCAGAAGGAGGCAUACAUGGCGUCUUAGGGACUCCACCCCAGAUUUGUGUAUCUCCCAAAGAUAACCCACAAGGCAGAGGAGGUUUAGGAUCAAGAGUUUUCCUUCUCAUAGAUGGGCUACCUUCUCUGGUUGACAAGCCUGGGGUAGAGAGUAUGGAAUGGAUUAAGUGAUGUCAUUGCAGUCAUUGCUGCAUAUUGGUUGGUGUGUUCCAUGCACUUGGUGGACAACAGUGUCAAUUCCAGGUGCCCCUUGAUGAGUGGAUGUUGCUUCCCCACACCCAGUGUUACGUACCUGAUGUUGCUGUUAGUGGGGCAUAGGAUGCCCACCAUGUUAGACUGACAGGUGACAUUGUAGCAGUGGCCACCUUCACUGCACCAUUGGAUGUGUGCUGCCCAUUUUGAGGCAUCUGCAGAAAGGCAUCUGCCUUUAAUAAAGGAGCCAGGGAGCGCAUUAGAAAUAGACUCCAGGGUUUUGCAUUCACUUACAGGAUCGGCUAUAACUAGAAUUAUCCAGAGCACUUAUGUAAGCUGUUUCUCCUCUUUAUCAUAAAGCCUUGUCAUUUAGAUUAUGCAGUUAUCAGGGCCUUUGUGCUUUUAUUUCUAUUUUUGAGAAUAAAUGGUUUAUUUUCAGCUAAUAAUAUGUCUGUCUACUGCGCCUCCAAAUGUGUGUAUAUUGCAUAUGUACUUAUUUAUACUGUGUAUGGGCCAUUCUUAUCCCCCCUUCCCACUAAAAGAUCCAUAGCAGCAAAAUAAGCGAGAUUCCUGCCCUGAUGGAGGCAGAGGGUUGAAUGAAAAAUGACAAUCCCAGCUACUGUGGGGUGGUCCCAGGGGUAAUUGUUGGGAGAGCUUGCGCUUUCCCUUCAGAAGGUCCUGAGUUCAGUCCUUGGCAUCUUGAAGAAAGAAUCCGGUAGUGGUGCUGCCAGAGUGGGCUGGGGUCACCAAUCUUUUUUAUUUAGGUCCAUGGGCGCAUUUGGAUUUUUGAGUGAGUGCCCUCUUUGGGCCCUCCGCUUCCCCAGAUAAGCUCCUUCCUCUUCCCCACUCCACCCCCCCCCAAAAAAAAAAGAGAGAGAAAGAAAAUGUGUAUGUGUGUGUACACAACACUUUGCUUUUCCAAGGAAUUUUGGUAAAAGUUAGAUGCAAUAGAAUGAGUGAGUCUCUAAAAGCACAUAGAGGUGAAAGAUGAAUUGGGAAAGAGUGUCUAUAUAAUUUUCAAGGGACAAAAAAGCAGCCAACCUCACUAGUUCAUGAGCAAGGGAGCAGUGAGUGAGGGGACUCAAGAGAUGUCAGGGGCACCAGGGGCGAGACCUCAAAGGUGUCACUGUGCCUACGGAUUGGCAACGCCUGACCUAGGCUGAGAGCUAGCCUAGCAACUUCCCUGGGGCUGCUGAGGUUGUAGCUGCUGCUUACUACUUAAUAACGAGAAGUUUGAGUUUGACAGAAGUAGUGCCAGUUUGAGUUUGACAGAAGCAGUGCCAGUGCUGCGAAGGUUGCCCUACCAGUUCAUGGCUGUGACAGGAUCUGAGCCCUGGAUUUGAAUCCAUUGCUGUACAUGCUGUGUGUCCACAGAGGCUCUUGUUUGCAGCCGUAUGUGGGUCCCAACUGCCAAAUGCGGUUUUUGCUGUUUGUUUGGGACAGAGGGAAAGGUUGCUGCUGGUCCCCAGGAGGUUGUGAGCCAAAUUUACAGUUGGAUUUUUGUCCUUGGAGCAGUCCACUCCCCACAGUCUGGAUUCCAGAUGAGUCAGGAGAGGUCAAGCCAGUAGGGAGGUAUCUCAGCUCUGUUGCUGUAUCAGAUUUCUCCUGGGCCACAAGGGUGUUCUGUGCCCAGAGCUUGCUUCGGCGGCCAGCUUCCCAGAGCAUGUGGGGAGCUUGAAUUGAAUGUUUGGGCUGUGCGACUUGAACGCCUGAGUUUAUUCCAGGUCUUGGCAGCCUCAACAGAAGGUGCCUUUGCUAACCUUGAGCUUUCUAAGAGGUGGGAUCUGUUGUGGCUUCCUUUGCUGGGGAAAGCAAGCAGCCUUCUUCAAAAAGAGCUGAACGGUGACUGUCUCUUCUGGUUCUGAAGCUCCAGGCCUAACAUCUGAAAACAGAAUUGUGUUUUUUUGUAUGGCUCACUCCAGUCUCUCAGCUUCACUUUGCUCAUCACAGUCAGGCUCUCUGGAAGUAUUUCAAAUAAUUAUCCUUUAUGCUAGCGGUAAGAGAGAGAAAAAGCAUUCCUAGAAAAAACACAAAGGAAACUGAUUGAUUCCUAGAGAGAGGGGCUAAUGUUUCCUUCAUUAACAACAAGAUAAAGCUGUAAUGCAUAAGUGGUUGGCAAAUUUUAUGGUAUAUUUUCUGUUCAUGUGUAAAGUACCAGGCUGUUAGUCUGUAAAAAAUAAAAAUAAGGCUGCUUUGGGUUUGCAGAUUAGUGGGACUUUAGCAGCUCUCACCUUGUGCCACUUAGUAUAUGAAUUAAGCACCAGGAACACAUGGGCAGGGUCCUACUGCCUCCAUGUUGUGUCUCCUGCCCACAUAUGGCAGCUUCUUCACGAAGGAAUCUCUCUUUUUCUGGAUAUCUCUCCAUCUCUGACUCUGUUUCCACACACACAUUCAUACUCUUGCAUACACCACCUUUAAAAGAGACGGCUCAUACCAUAGCCAUAAAAAUGUGAGAGCAACAGCUAUGAAAACUAGGAAGGAUUUCCCCAGCAGUUAAGGAAGAAGAUCUUAAUAGGCCCUCCCCUUAGCCUCUGGACCUUCUGUACUACAACUCCCAGCAACCCCAACCAAAAUGGACAGUGGUCAUGAAUGAUGGGAGUCGUAGUCCAAAAAUCUGGUUUGGCAGUUCAUAUGUUGUGCCAAAGUUUAAGCCUAAGCUUUCUUAACUAUGGUUUGAGGCAAAGUCUUGAGUUGAGCACUUGUGUGUGUAUGUCCUUGCUAGUGCUUAUUGAGACAUCAGGUUAGAAUUCGUUUUUGAAUAAUAUCAUCAUCUGCUUCCUUUGCGGAAGGGCCACAGCUAAGUGGCAGAGCUGUUGCUUUGCAUGUGGAAACCCAAAACCCAAAAGCCUCAGGUAGGGCUGGGAUAAGACUCGCAGCCUGAAACCCUGGAGAGCCCACUGCCAGUUAGUAUAGAUCAGGGACGUCCAACUCCCAACUAACUGCAAUCUACUCCUGGGGGGGGGGAGUGGCAGUGAUCUACCCAUUGGGGGGGCAGGACACUCCUGGUAUAGACAAUAUUGAAGUAAAUGGGGCCAAUGGUCUGACUCUUUAGUUUUGUUCCUAUUAUUAAAUAAGAAAUUUCUCUGCUUCUCUUUCAGGAGAUGCCCAAUUCUGUCUUUCUGGUAAUGGAGGUGUGUAUUGAAUUUUCUAAUUUCUCCUUUGAUGGAUUUUAGUAUUUUUCUUUUUAUAUUGAAAUGCCAUACAAACAAACUGCAGCCUGCCUUGUUUAGCUGUAAAAUCAAACAAGAGAAUGUGUGCUACUUCCCAUCCCAGCCACCCAAAGUGUGCAGUUAGAAUGACCUAUGUUUAUAUUGCACAUAGUCAAGUACUUUAUUACGGUCAUAGACCAGCAUAAGCAAAACAUAUACACAAAUAGCAUAACAGUAUGGAUCCAAGCGAAUAAUUAUUAAAUAAAUAGGAGCUAGAACCAAACGUAGAUUUAAACAUAUACAUAGAAUACUUAAUUAAGCAUAGAUAAUGGGUGAGUAAAAAUUUAUAAGAAAAAUUAAAAGAUCAGUUAACACAGCUAUAUGGGGUGGGCUUCAGAAGUGCGGAUCUAACAAUAUGGGCCUUCAGUUUAGGAUUGAAUUGUAGCAUAGAUCAUUCUUCGUCAAAUAUCUAUCAUGGCAGCGCAAAAUCUGGCGACUGAAUAUGUGACUUCUGGGCUCUCUUCCUGUAGUAAUAGGGAGAUGUUGUGUUGUUCUGAACGCCCAGGAAACAUAUAAGAUGGGCUGGAUAAACCUAGUUCGAAUGUCUAUAUAAUACUGGCAAUGAAGAAGGGCAUGCUCCGUUGUUUCCUGCUGCCCACGUAUUAAUCUAGUUCGCGUGUCACAUGAAAAUAUGGUUAAAAUAAACUGUGGUCUUCACAAGAACAAGCAUUAUUCGACUUGCAUGCUGCAGUGAGUUGCUCUUCUCCUGGCACGCCAAUGAGGGGAAAGAAGACAAGCUAUCAUUCUGCUUGUCGUUAUGUGUGUCUCCUGUCUCGUGGUUUGCUUAUCUCCAGACAAACCACGAGCAGAACCCUUGGGUUGUGUAGGAGAAACAGACUACAUGCACUGUUUUGAAUGCAACAGAAAGCCAGACUGUGGUUUGUUUCCUCCUGGUGCAGCAUUCAAGGGGGAGGAGUGAAGCUCCUCCAGUUUCAGCUGCAUGCACCACCUCACUGCCUGUUCACGUUAAACCGUAUGUUAUCUUUUAACUAUGGUUUACAAUGAUGUGCAGACCACGUCUGAGUUAAGAGGUUCCGUCUGUGCUCAUGGUGCUAUAGUUGUUAAAAUACAGUUACUAAAGAUGGUGUGUUCUUGAAUGUCCUCUUCCUACAGCCCACGUCAGCUGUGUCAAAGUUGAAAGAAAGAAAAUGGAGAGUUUAGGGAGGGGGGAAGUGAUGGAGGUUGAGCAAAGAUGUAAGAGGCUUUGCUGUACAGGAAAGAACACCAGAUACUCAGUAUUAUGGUUUCUUUUUUGAAGCCAACGUAUAUGAGAAUUUCAAAGCUCAGUGUUUGGAGAGGCUGUUAGUAGGAGCCAUUUGUCACUGAUGACAUCCUGUUGAGCUGUGGGCAUGGGGUGGUUAAUGGCAGAACUUCAAGCAGACCUGCAAUAUUCCUAAAAAGAAUACGUUCACCAGUGACUGCUGUAAGCUUCCAAAUUCCCAAAGCAUAAAGACACCACAGGGUUUUUCCAGACCUGGAAGUUUGCAGCUGAGAACAGGGUGUUGUGCCAAGCAUUUUAGUCUCUUCUUCUAAACCCUAUGGCUUCCCUAAACUUUUGGCAGAAAACAGCGUACAUAUUUCCAGUGCUUUCUCCUUUGCAUCGAGUAGCAGCAGGCUCUCUUUCUCUUAAAAAAUAAAUAAAAAGUUCUGUCUCUCAUUUGUAUUUGUUCAUCUGUGGCUUGAGAGCAUUCUUUCCUUUACCCAGAGAAACAACUAAUAUAGCUUCACAUUGCCUUGCUGAAUGACUUGGAGAACUGCUAUUAACCACUUGGGUGUGUGUGGGUGUGUACGUGUACACACACAAGCACAAAAUAUCAAAUGAUACAUUUUAUGAAAUAAAUAAGUAAUACAACCUGGGUUGUUAAUUUCAGAUGCACUUAAAAUAGACUUAUGAUUUAGUGAGUUCCAUAAAUUACAUAGCAGCUUCGUUCACAAUACCUGUGAUUCUUAACCAAAAUGUCUGUUAACUCUCCAAAAUUAGUUAAAUAUGAAUAAUAGGAAAUGUAUUUGAAUAUACACACACUGAUUUUUAAGAUAAUGAAACACUCAGGCUUCCUACAAAUGGAGCAGUUCCUGAUCUCCUAACCAUCAAUGAAGAGACUCGUAUGCCCCCUCUGCUGUCUGGUUUGGAAAUGUCCCCCUCCCCUUACUUUUCAGAAUGGAGCCAAGAUGCUGAGUUGUAUCUACAUUAGCAUUUUUCACAAAUUAUGGUCAAUUCCAAAUACAGGUUAUAUUAUUAUUAUUGUUGUUGUUGUUAUUGUCAUUACUACUACUACUACUACUACUGCUGCUGCUGCUACAAGGGCUGGAAACUGGUGGUGUGGCCUAGCCACGGUUUAGUGAAAAUUGCCAGUCCAAAUGUAGCUGCUCCAUGGUUAGCUCAGAAAAUUAAAUUGUGGCAGGGAUAUCUAUGUGCAGGAAGGGAAAGGAUUACCCAAGCCUGGGGGAAGAUCCUGAUACAGUUGAUUGUGCCAUGGUAUGUUAGGUCUAUUGUGGGCCUUGUGCACAAGCAGGCUGAGAAGUGCAGACACCCGCAAAUCUGAUACUAACCCAUUUCCUUUCUCUCUUGGGCAGUAUUGCAACGGCGGAGACCUGGCAGAUUACUUACAAGGUAAUGGAUUGCUUGUGGUUCUUAAUUCAUGGCUCAGAAGCCUUGGAGUGCUGUGACGCUGCCCCGUGGCUGUCCCUUUUCCUGCAAAGUUUAUGACUGGCUGGAGGGAGUUUGUUUUCUGGCUGUGUAUUUUAAUACCCUUUUGUUUUCAAAGCCGCCAGUAAACUAGUUCAAGCUAAAAUUGGCACCCGUUUCCUGUCAGUCAUGCUUUCUCCAUAUACAUUUUAAAAAAGGAAUUGCACGGGGGAGGGUCAGCAUGGUGCAAGACAUUGUGCUCUGUUGUAGAAUUGAGUCUGCAAGAUAGCAGGCCUUUGUUUAGAUUUCCUGGGAUCUUGUGCCAACCGUUUCCUGAAAUCUUUGGAGGAAGACGAUAAGGCUUUGUGAGAAGAGGUGCUGGAAGCCAGGGGAAGAGAUUCCUCUUCCAUUGACUAUAAGUUGGAGGAGAGAUGCUUCGUUUACAUGUGACCAGCAUAAUAAGCUGACAGACUGCAUGGUGAUUCAGAAAUGCUUAAUUUUGGGAAUUGAUCCCUGCCUCACAGCUGUUGCAGGGGAAACAGGGUGUUUUUCAUCCUUCAAAGACCAAUGUAUUUUUCUUCCCUGUGUUCGUUCUCUCUUGGGCCUGUCUUAGCAAAUUUUUCUGUUGGUCACACUCAAGUGCGAUAGAAAGUUGGGAACUGCCUUUUGUAUACAGGUGUUACAUAGGAGCCAAAGCACGAGUGUCCUUUAAAUCCUGUUGAUUCCACUGGGAGAGGUUUAAGCACGCUCUUAAAAGUAUCCCAUUGAAAGAAAGUAACAGGACCCUUAAGUGCCCAACACUGACUUCAUCCAUCUCCCAGUGAAUUUUGUACCUGCUGGAGCAAAGCAUUUUUAAAGCCGUCUUUGGAUUCAGUGGGGCAGCUUCAGCGCAUGCUUAGUGCUUCCCAAAGAGUUCUGUUCACGCUAGGAAGUUUCCAGGACUCUGAAAGGGAUAUAAAGUACUUUCCUUCCCUCAGCAAAAGGAACCCUCAGCGAAGACACCAUCCGCAUAUUCCUGCAGCAGAUUGCUGCUGCCAUGCGUAUCCUCCACAGCAAAGGGAUAAUUCACAGGGACCUCAAGCCACAAAACAUCCUGCUGUCGUACGCCAACCGCAGGAAAUCCAACAUCAGCGGCAUACGCAUCAAGAUAGGUAAGUCGGCCCUGGUGCGCUGCCUCAGCAGGGUGGGAAACGACUGUGAGACAUUACUGCUCAUUUGCGUGCCUUUCUCUUUUCUACAUCUGCACAGAAGGGUAGAUGAGCAUGGUGAGUGCUCAACUGGACCUCUGUGUCCCACCACCCAAGUCUUAAUUGUUCUGGGUGAUCCCCCAGCAACAUAAAAGACCAACCUAUGCAUUUGUUACUGAGAUGCUCAUUGGAGAGCUGUGAUUGGCUGUAGCACCCUCUCGAGUGCUUGUUUCUUGACCAGUCUGGCUUUACCCCUCAGUCUAAUGCCUUAUGAGGAACGGCUAAGGGAGCUGGGCAUGUUUAGCCUGGAGAAGAGGAGGUUAAGGGGUGAUAUGAUAGCCGUGUUCAAAUAUAUAAAAGGAUGUCACAUAGAGGAGAGAGAAAGGUUGUUUUCUGCUGCUCCAGAGAAGCGGACACGGAGCAAUGGAUCCAAACUACAAGAAAGAAGAUUCCACCUAAACAUUAGGAAGAACUUCCUGACAGUAAGAGCUGUUCGACAGUGGAAUUUGCUGCCAAGGAGUGUGGUGGAGUCUCCUUCUUUGGAGGUCUUUAAGCAGAGGCUUGACAACCAUAUGUCAGGAGUGCUCUGAUGGUGUUUCCUGCUUGGCAGGGGGUUGGACUCGAUGGCCCUUGCGGUCUCUUCCAACUCUAUGAUUCUAUGAUAAUGCAUCCCUGCUAGCUAGGGAUGAUGGGAGUUGUAUUCCAAAAACACCUGGAGACUCAGGUUUGAGGACCCCUGGCUCUAAUGUAUGGACCAUCCCCACAUUCCACAGGUGUGUUUCUUUUUACAGUGGUGACUUGGAACAAAGCAGACUGGGUGUGCUUUCGUUCAUUGCUCUUGAAUCAAUCAUUUAUGCAUUCAGCUGCUGACAGAGAACUGUUUCUGCUGACCCCAAAGCCGCGUGCGUUGCGACUGGGGGAGACGGCAAAAGGGGCCCUUGCUUUGGAAGCCUUCAUAUAUGUGGUAUUUUGUAACAUAAAAGGGCAGCAAGUUGGUCCAUGAUAGAUAGAUAGAUAGAUAGAUAGAUAGAUAGAUAAAUAGAUAAAUAAAUAAAUAAAACCCACCAAAAGGUAGUUAAAGAAAUGUAUGCUUUCCUUUAAACAGCUGACUUUGGGUUUGCUCGUUAUCUCCAGAGCAACAUGAUGGCUGCCACCCUCUGUGGUUCCCCUAUGUACAUGGUGAGUAACAGCUCAUUAAGUUUUCAUUGCUGUCAUCAGACUUUGGACGAAUCCACACUAUAUAUUUAAAGCAGUAUCAUGCCAUUUUAAAUAGUCAUCUCCCUCCCCCAAAAAAUCUGGGAACCGUAGUUUUUUUUAAAAGGGUGAUGAGAGUUGUUAGGAAACCCCUGUUCUACUCCCAGAGCUACAAUUCCUAUGGUUCCCUGGGAAAGGGCAUUGACUUUUAAACCUUUCUGGGAGUUGCAGCUUUGGGAAAGGAAAAGGGGUCUCCUAACACCUCCGAGUGCUCUUAACUAACUACUGUUCCCAAGAUUCUUUAAAUGUUUGGUAAAGGUGGGGCCUUAAACUGAGAAUUUUCAGUAAUACUACUCAGAUUUGUGUAUUUUUGUCUUUAUUUAAUUUGUUCUUCCACUGUUUCUUGUCUGCAAGCGGUUUACAUUUUGAAAAAGUCAGUAAAUCAAAUCAUUGCAAAUCACAGUGCACCAUUAAAAUCAGAGUAGAAUAUCAAUAAUCUAGCUUUCUGACCAGCCUCCAAAGCAUUCUGUAUUAUCAGUAAAAGCAUUAUCGGUAAGUUUUCCCAACACUCUUAUAAGUCAGUGUUGUUAUCCCCAUACUGCAGACAAGGAACUGAGACUGUGGCUUGUCUUGUCCCCUAAGUGCUGCAUCCUUCAACCUUCGUGGUUGACUAAGCUGGCUGAGGAUGAGAAGAGCUGAAGUCACAACAUCUGGGGACCUUCAGGAGGAAGGAAAGGAAUACACCUCCCUACUCAUCUUGGGGGACACCCCCCCCAAUAUAUUUUGGGACUGGCAUCCCUCUGACACUACAUAGCAUGGCAGGAGAAAGACUUUGGGCAAAGGAGAUUAAUUUGCUUACCUCCUCCAAGUAAAAAUUGGAGUUGAAAAUUGGUGUGUUUGGAGCAGGAAGUAACACUUACCAGGAGAUUGCAAAGGCAGCAGUAGAUCAGCCAUGAUAGUGAAAAAUCUGUUCCAGGCAGGAUGCUGGCGCUCUCCCAGUCCGCAGAUUCGAUGUUUGGCACAGUGUCUGUUAUCUCAGGGGAAACUUGGUCUUGAAAGAGGAAUGUGCUCCCCCACCCUGGUUUAGCCGGCCCAGAAGAAUAACUCUUAUCAGAGGCCCCACUCAGGUUCUAAUGCAAACCAAGCCAACUGUGAUCCUGCAAAAAGAAGCUGGUGUGAAGGCAGCCCUUAGACACUUCUCUCUUGGUGCCUCGCCCUUUGUGAAACUCCGCCCCACCGCCCUGCAGAGGGGAAGGGUCACAGAGAAGUCCAGUUGCACCAGGAAGUGAUCUGACCGUGGCACUUCCUUCGGUUUCGCUUUUACUUAGUGUCAGAUCACCCACGUCCAUAGAGAUGAACACCAGGUCUAAGGCAUGUCCGCAACUAUGAGUUGGGCCAAACUUAUUCAGGGACAGCAUGGAUGUUAAAAUCCCCUAGGACAAGCAAACUAGGUGUCUCCAGGAGAACAUCCGUCACGACCCGAAGCAGCUUGGGCAAGGAAUCCUUGGUGCAGCAGGGAGGUCAGUACACCAAAAGGGAUCCUGUACUGCCCCUAUUGCCCAACUUCCAGAACAUGCACUCAGAAAACUGGGUCUUCCCAAUAGGACGCAUGGUGCAGGCUAAUGACUUCCUAAAGAUCACUGCAACCCCCUCUCCCCACCCAAAUGACCUGGGCUGCUGUGCGUAAGAGAAACCUGGUGGACAAGCAGCGGCAAGAACAGGCCCAUCUGCCUCGUCCAACCAAGUCUCUGUCACACAUGACAGGUCAAUUCCUCCAUCCACGAUCAAGUCAUGGCCGGCAGUGAUCUUGUGGGUCAUUGCCCUGGCAUUGCACAGCAGCACCUUAAGGUCAUGUGGCUCACCCUUGAUUCCAGCAUCUUUCUGGUCAGGACCAGACCUGGAGGUAGAGAUAGUCUUCAAACAAUGACUAAACCUACUUCCUUGGUAAUGGCAUGGUCUGGUGCUAGCCUAACUCCUCCUCCUACCCAUGAUCACACUCUUUGCAUCUUUCAGGCUCCUGAAGUGAUCAUGUCGCAGCACUAUGAUGCGAAGGCCGACCUCUGGAGUAUCGGAACAGUGAUCUAUCAGUGUCUGGUUGGAAAGCCUCCUUUUCAGGUAUGGGCAGCUUAAACUCUGCCUGCCACAGUGGGCAGAGAAUGGAACAGUUUGAGGGAUGCUAUCCUCCCCUCCAUAUCAUGUCCUAAGGUUGAGAGUGGGGCUCCCUGCUUGUGAAACAUUCUCCAGGAAGGCUCACCUGACUCCUUAGUUACAUAUCUUUAGUCGCCAGGUGAAAACAUGUCUCUUUUCCCAAGCCUUUGGCUGAUUAAACCAUCUGUGGCCUUUUUAACUGUGUGGCAGGGUAUUAUUUUUGUUUGUUACUAGGUUAUGUAUUUUUUUAUUUCUAUAUUGUAAACAGCCAUGUGAUCCUCAGAUGAAGGGUAGCAUAUAAAUUGGAUAAAUAAAUGAUGUCUGGCAAGUGUCAGCUGGGCCUGGCCAGUAAAAAACAGCUGGGCCAGCCAAAUUAGCCAGCCUAGCGGACCUCAUUGAACCCAUAGAUUGAGGUUCCUCACCCAUGCUCUCCCAGUAGGUAUCUGCUCUUCAUUUUUAAAUAAACACAUUUUCCCGUAGAUGUUCUGUGCUUGUGAGGGCAUCAGUUUGGCCACUGUGAGAACAGAAUCCUGGGCUUUGUAGGCCUUUGGCCUGAUCCAGCAGCAGCCAGGCUCUCUUGGUGCCCUUUGUUCUCACACAGGUGUAUGUUAAGGACAUUAGGGGUUUGGGGUAAAUACAACUUGGCAAAUCACACUUAUUCUCCCUUUCACAGGCUAACAGUCCUCAAGACCUCAGAAUGUUUUAUGAAAAGAACAGGAAUCUGAUCCCUAGGUAUGUAUGUCUACUUUUGUGGAGGGUUUUUGAUAUCUGCUAGAAUCUUAAGAAUUUGAAUAACUUUACCUCUGUUGAAGGGUGACAGAUCGUCAAUGUGUUUUGUUCAGUAGGACUCGUAUGAUUUAUAUAUAGUAAAAAUACAAAUCUCCCACUUAGUUCUCUUCUGUAUUCAGUGUUCCCAGGGAAACAUCAGCUUCCUUGGCUGACCUGCUGUUGGGUUUGCUUCAGAGAAACCAGAAAGAUAGAAUGGACUUUGGUGAGUAAACAUUUUAUGACUCCUUGCCUCCCCUGCCCAAGUAAUUAUUUUGCUUUCUUGUGUGAAUCAGUGUGCUUGAAGGUUAUCAGUUUGGUGGUUUUAAUAGGCUUGAGCUGCAGUCUUGGUUUGGUGUGUUUGUCUAUCGUGGAAAGUUAAGCGGUGCCUUUUAUAGAACUUGUUCAACGCACUGGAUAUGCUAGCUUUUGAAUUACACAGAACACUUCAGAUGUUCAAAGUCUUAGUUAAGUUCAUUUAUUUUGUUUCAUAAAAUUUAUACACUGCAUGAUUGUAAAAAAACAACACCUCAAAGCUGUUUAAAGCAAUACCAUUAUCAAUAUGAAGAAUUAACAAUAAACCUUUCAAUAAAUUUAAUUCGAAAAUAAACUAAAAAUAGAUUAAAACUCUUACUAACUUUCUAAAUAUAGGCUUGUCUAAAGAAAAAUAUUUUUGGAAGGCACCGAAAAGAGCACAGUGAAGGAGCCUACUGCCCAAUAGCAGUAGACAGGGUUCCAAAAUGUAGCUGUUGCCUCAAAAAAAUAUUGAAUGCUUACAAAUAUGGAACAAGUACAAAGUGGCACCUGUAACAGUCAUUUGUUAAAUGAGAAGCGAUAGUAAGAUUGGGAGAUUGGGGUGAGUCACCUCUAUUAAGAAAAUGAAAGAGAAGACAGGAGAAGGAGUGGGGAAGAGCAAAACAUUGGCGCUGCUUUGUGAGAUCAGAUGGUCAGGGCAACCCAAACCCUCCUUAAUUGUGGGAUUGCAAAGGGGUGACUUGGAUAGUAUGAGCAGACCAUUUUUAGGUUCAGGGUACUGGACUAGCAUCUUGGCCAUUGGAAUGAGGCUUGCAUGGCCCUUUAACCUUAUUUUUGCACCGGCUUGUGAGUUUGAAGCCAGGCAACUUGGCUCUGUGUUGCAAUAAAACAAAGAGUUAACAGAAUGAAUGGGCUGAAGAAACUCCACGAAACGCCACCCAUUCAGCCCUCAGGUGAGAUUUCCUCUUGCCCAAAGCAGAACCCACCUAUCGUGCAAUCAUGGUGUGGGUUGGGGCAUACCUGUGCUGAAGGAAGCAAUGCCUUUCACGGAACCAGGAACCAGCAGGCAAAUGCUGUGUCUCUGAGGCAGGAUUGUCAUCUCGACCCCAAACCCGAAAGGGGAGUUAUAACAGAUGGGUGUGAUGGGAAACCACUCCUGAAAGGAAACUGAUUGGUGCAGAGUAAGCCCUACCCACCCCCACUUCUAGAAAAGUGGAGAAAGCCCUUCCCCUUACAGCUUCUCUUAUAUGAGAGAAUACCCUUAGAAAGGGGCAAACCUUGGCCACAGAGACACACUUUCUCUCAGCUGGACUCUUCACAUGCCAGCCUCUUCGCAAGGAUCAUCAGGUCAGAAAGCUUCAAGGUAAGGAAUUGUGUUGCCCAGCAGUUAGCCUAACUCAGAGCAGCUGCAGGACAGAGUCCUACGGUUCUGGAAAUCACACACAAAUUCUAAGGCAUAGAGUUCCUGACCCAGCCUCCUUUUUGCAGCCGUAAAAGCUCCUCUGAGCACUGGAUAGGUGAAAGUUUCACCCCCCUUUUGUCUUCUGGAAUCCUGUGCCAGAAUUGGUAUGCUCUAUGGUCUCACCUCUUUUCCUCCACCCUUUCUAGCAUAGCUCUCCCUCUCCCCCUCUCUCUGGUUGUGAAUUCAGGGAUUUGUGUCCUCAACUCAAUAUACAGUACCACAUUGUUCAGUGUGUCAUUGAAUUUCCCUUUGCCACUCCACUUCAAUAGAUCUGGUGCUUCAGCAUUCAAUUCAGCUUUGUGAAUUCCCAGAUCCUGAACAUAAUCCCAGGGCGGGAUGUAUUAGACCCAUGUAAAAGAUGCCUCUCCUUUCACAAGCUUGUUCUAGGGUCAUGUGUGCAUUGCACUUACAUGCAGGUUCCCAGAGGCAUGUGUUGACAGUUGAGCAGAGACUGGCGGCUGAGUUGGCCUCUAGCUGACCACCAAAUUUGGUCAAUGGACGCCCCAAAAACCAGAUAGCAGAAAGCCCUGAAAACAAGGUGUUCUGCAGGAGGAGAGGGGUUGAGCCAGCCCAGGAUCCCUGGCUGGCUUCACUGCCAUCAUUGAGCCGACACAGGGAUCAAGCCCAAUCAUUCUCCCACCUUCUGUGUAACCGACCCUACAGGGUGGUUGCACAAGGAUAAGGGCGUGGCGAUUAAGAGUGUAGAGGGAGCCAGUGUGCUCUAUUGGUUAGAGUCUUUGACUAAGACCUAGGAGAUUGGAGUUCUAGUCUCCACUUUGCCAUGGAGCUCACUCAGCUUAACCUACCUCGCUGGGUCGUUGUAAGGAGAAAAUGUGGAAAGGAUUAAUCAUGUAUUCCAGCUUGAGUUCCUGGGUGAAAACAAUGUGGGAUAUGAAUACAAUUAUAAACAAGUAAAUCACCUAUUAAGAUGGAUACUUAAUUUCUGGGAUUGUUGGGUUCUUAAAUCCAUUUAUUUAAAUGCAGGUCGACUCUAGAUUGGCUUUUCAUUUUUAUUUCAUCUGUUUUGCAUAUGCAGCAGUGUGAUGAGAAGGGGCAGGUGACGGGAAGCAGGCUACUGCAGAGUGGGCAGUUCUCCUCCCCCUCUUUGCUUUCUGCUCAGCUGUUCCUGUGGCACUUCCGGUUAGGGAUGUUAGGUUGUAAAUAGCAAUGGUCUGCUUACAUAAUCCUGGGUUUCUUGGAGGUAGGAGGAUUACGCCGAAAGCACAAAAAUUAAAUGCCAAGCUUUAAAAGCAUGAACAAGUUUUCAUACAACCUGUAAACGGCAGUCAGUGUGUUAAAAGAAAAGAAUGAACAGCCAUAGAGGAACGACACUGAAAAUAGCUUGCUGGACUAUUUAUAGUGUUCUGCGUCGACUUGGCCUUCGUGAUUGUUGUCUGGAAGGUUUCUGACGAAAUCCUCUUUCUGCCAGCUCAGGCUUUGAACAGUUGCUGACCAGCUGAUGCUUGGCAGCUGUUUGUGGUGUGGGGGGUGGGGAGAGGAAGAGGAAUGUUUUGUGUUCGCUUUUCUACCUGUCGGGGAUAUAACUUUGCUUUCCUCUUGCUUUUGGGACUUAGCAUUUAAAAACAUGGCACCAGGUCAGAGAAGGCUGAACUGCAGCGUGCCAAACAAUUAACCUUUUUUAAAAAAAUAAAUAAAAAUACCAGUGAAGGAGACCCCACCCCAUUCAAGGAGCUCACUGCUGCUGCUACUGUAACCCUUUUUAUCUUCACAACAGACUUGCCAGGGAGGCUAGGUCAGGGGGUUGCCAGCGGAGAGGACGUCCCUGGCACUUGCAGGGCCAUCUCCUUCUGUUGAAAUGAGGCUUGAAAGAAGCACGCCAUUGUAGCCAAUAAUCCCGCUUUUAAAUGUAUUCAUUAAUAUGGGCAGGUCCACCAUAGGUGUCCAAAUGAAAUUGAGAUUAGUGAGAUUUCCCACCCACUGGGUGAUAGAUGGUGCGUGUUUUCCUUUCCAACCUUGCAGCCUGAGUCUCUUGGACACCACAAGGGCUCUCACAACCCACUUCCAUUGCUCGUCUGUUAGUCCCCACACCACAAGGAACUCCAGUUUAGGAAAUCAGUAACUUGGGAGGCGGCUGGAGCCCCCCUCAAGCAGCUGCCCCGCAGCCUUUCGCAGGACAGCAUGUGCUAACUCCAGGACAGCAAAGCCGCUUAUCAAGGGUGUCUGGACUCUCCCUCCUGAGCCGCAGAACACCCUGUUCUGACUCAGGGUGUCAAAGCCUGUUGGACCUGCAGUGCUAGACCUGUCCCCCCUCCUCCGCUUAAAAUGACUUGGGGCCAGGGAGGUGGCUGAGUUUGAUAACGCGUUCUCCUGGGUUCACUGCUGUUUGCUCUGAGCCUUGAACAGGGACACUUGGGUCCAAGCUCUGUUAAUCAUCCCUACCGCUGCUCUGAGCGAUGUUUAGCUGAGUACAAAAACAAAGCUGUUGUUGUUAGCUCACUGGUUUUGGCCUGAGGGUGCAGUUACUUUUGCUUUGCAACAAGGUGUUGUACACAAGAUGAGCAAUCUGUGUAGUGUAGCUGUUAGAGUUGUGAUAGGAAUUUUAUGGUCUUAGAUAUAUGGUCAUGUUCAUAAGUGUACCAACCAAGCACAUACAUAGAUCAGCACAGGAAGGCCAACCUGGAACCAUUUUGAUUCCUAAACUGACCAAAUGUUUUCUCUGCAAGGUCAAAGUGGGAAACCUCCCCAUUGUCUCUUUCCUCACAAAUCCUGUCUUAAGGACACAUUUAAGAUAUGAACAGGGUGUGAGCAUGUGAACUGCCCCAGGAACUAAGUAUUUAUCACUACAAAAGAAUGGCGGGCUCCCCAGGCAAUCCAAUCAAGUAACCUGCCAGACAGGAGAUAAACAACAGGAGAAAAACAAUAUUCAAAUUUCUGCUUUAGACUGCCUUUUCUGUGAUAUAGGUGUGAUGUAUCUGAGGGGUGGUCUUAAGUUACACCCCUUCUGUGAUGUAUGUAUGAUGUUUCUGGGGGUGGUCUUGAUCUACAGGGUGGCAAUUUCAAAAGUCUUUAUAAGGCCUUGCACGCCAUUUUUCUGGGUCCUCUUCCUCUCCUGCGGGUGAGGGGAGCACCCUGUUGCAACAGAUCAAUAAAGAUCAAGCUUACUAGCUGCUUUGCUUCUCAAUAUUCUCUGGUUGGCCUCUGUUAUUCUCUCCUACCAAUAGGGAACCUACGUAAGGACUCUGUAUGGGCUCUUGGAUACCCCAUAAGGGAAAAGGGCAAUUUUUGUUUACAACAGAGUGUUGGACCAGGGUUCAAAUCCCCACUCAGCCAUGAAGCUCACUGGAUGACCUUAGGGGUCAGUGCCUGCCUCUCCGCCUAACCUACCUCCCAUUGUUGUUGUGGGGAUUAAAUGAGGAGGGAGGGGAAACCACGUUACUCCACCUUGAGUUCCUUGGAAGGAAAUAUAUAAAUGCAAUAAAUAAAUGACUGGGGAGGGGGCAACGUUGCACCCCCAUCAGGGUACACUGGGCUCUACCAAUUACAGUACGUGUUAUUCUUUUAAAAAUGAAAAUUUUACAUUUCCCCCCCUUUUUUUGCUUCCACUGCCAAAUAUUGAAACCCAACCCUUCUCCAUGAUCUGCAAAGUGUGUUUCAAUUAAUACAAGCAGCGCUUCAAAAACUGAAAGCCAAGCCUGUGUCUGUGAGGAAAUGGGCUUUUAAGUACCUGCCUUCGAUCCCUCUGGCCAGCUGCAUCUUUAAAGUGAUGGACUGUAUUUCUUUUCCAAGUGUAAUAGCAACACAUACGCUGGGAAAGCUUUAAUCUUUCAUGAGCUCUUUUUGAGCCCUGGAUGGAGAAGCGCGCGUGUGUGUGUGUGGAGAGAGAGAGAGAGAGAGUGUUGUGAUCCCUCACCCUGCAGCUCUGCAGCCCCCUUUUGGAUUAGAGGCUAAUGUGUCAUGCAGCCAACUUUUUUCCUCUCUUGCAGAAGCCUUCUUCAACCACCCUUUCCUCGACCAGGUUUCAACAGUCAGAAAGUGUAAGUCAGAAUUUCCUUCUGCCUUAUCUUUGCUCAACCCCCAUCCCCCAUACUUAUAGAAUCAUAGAAUUGUAGAGUUGGAAGGGUCACUGAGGGUCAUCUAGUUCAACCCCCUGCAAUGCAGGAAUCUCAACUACCCUUUUAAAUGUGUUUGUGGGGAUGGGGGUAUUCCUUUUGAAUAGUUUAUACCCCUCAUCCCAACAGGUUUCAGUAAUGCCUAUUAGGUCGUAUUUGCCAUCCUGUAUUAAGAGCUCAAAUUUGUCUUGCUUGUUUCCCAUGCUCUGCAUUAGUAUAGAGACAACUGAAACCAUGAGUCCUUCCCUCCAGCUGCUUCCUUCUUGUAGUUUCCUACCCUUUAACAUAUUUAUGUUAAGAGCCACCACAGGUUCUUGUGUAUCAAUGAUGCUAUUAUCCCCAAUACUUUUUGUAGUAAUAAUAAUAAUAAUAAUAAUAAUAAUAAUAAUAAUAAAUAAUUUAUACCCCGCCCAUCUGGCUGGGUUUCCCCAGCCACUCUGGGGGGCUUCCAACAAAAUAUUAAAAUACAAUAGUCCUUCAGAUAUUAAAAGCAUCCCUAAAGAGGGUUGCCGUCAGAUGUCUACUAAAAGUCUGGUAGUAGUUUAUUCCUUUGACAUCUGGUGGGAGGAUGUUCCGCAGAACGGGCACCACUAACAAGAAGGCCCUCUGCCUGGUUCCCUGUAACUUCGCUUCUCGCAGAGAGGGAACCGCCAGAAGGCCCUUGGCGCUGGACCUCAGUGUCCGGGCAGGACGAUGGGUGUGGAGACACUUCUUCAGGUAUACUGGACUGAGGCCAUUUACGGCUUUAAAGGUCAGCACCAACACUUUGAAUUGUGUUUGGAAACAUGCUGGGAACCAAUGUAGGUCUUGAAGACCAGUGUUAUGUGGUCUCGGCGGCCGCUCCCAGUCACCAGUCUAGCUGCCGCAUUCUGGAUUAAUUGUAGUUUCCGGGUCACCUUCAAAGAUAGCCCCGCAUAGAGCGCAUUGCAAUAGUCCAAGCGGGAGAUAACCAGAGCAUGCACCACUCUGACGAGACAGUCCACGGGCAGAUAGGGUCUCAGCCUGGGUACCAAAUGGAGCUGGUAGACAGCUGCCCUGGACAAAGAAUUGACCUGUGCCUCCAUGGACAGCUGCGAGUCCAAAAUGACUCCCAGGCUGCACACUUGGUCCUUCAUUUACCUACCUCAUGCAUCAUACUCUGUUCUUUUGCAAGGUUCCUGCUCCUUUAGACAUUCUACCCCCUCCGAGUCUGAGAUACUUGGGCUUUUUGAUUGCAAUGUAGUGGAGGGGGAUCCUCUUUCCAUGUAUUAGUGGCUUGAAAUGUUGCCGAAAGCUUUUGUCUGCAGCAUGGCAAUUUUCAUGCUGGGAGGGGGCUACUAAAGGCGAUCUGGGUAGUUUCUCUUCAUAUGCCCCCCCUCCCCAAAAGAAACACUGAAACUCCUCAGAACCUGCACUUUCCUUACAUUGUUCUCCUUUCCACAGCUUGCCCUGUGCCAGUGCCGACGUACACGGGCUCCGUCUCUGGCAGCUCCUGCGGCAGUUCCCCCUCCUGCCGAUUUGCUUCUCCACCAGUAAGUUCUGUUCUGAUUUGGGAGGCCACAGUCUUUGUCCCUGGGGAGCAGAAAUCCAUUCUGGGUGCACCUUCAGUCUCAGCUUCUUCUUUUAAAAAGCCAGGAAGGAAGGACGGAGAAAGAAAGAAGACUUGGAAAGUCAAAACAUCCCUGCAUAGGGGGGUCUAUCCAACUCCCCAUUUCCAAACCAAACAAAACUCUAUCUCUCCAAGCCUGGCUUUUUCCAAGUUCAUUUGUCAAAUCCAACAGCUCAUGUUCCUGCUGGGCCACAGCUCCCUCCAUCUCUGGCGCCCGAGGUUCAACAACAUCCUCUUCCCUCAUCUGAUCUGUCAGAGCACACUCCUGAUUUAAUUCCUGGGUGGGCUCUAUAUAGUUACCCACUACCUGUCCGAAGUUUCCGAUCACAGCAGUCAUCAAGUCCGUCUUCUCAUGUAGCUGUUCCAGUAGGGCACUUGUUUUGCAGAAGGCACGCAUCAGAGCUUCUGAAUACAUUGUUCUGCAAGGUCAGAAGUCUAUUCCCAUGAUCGUAAUCUGCUGCAGCUGCAGAGCUCCCCCGAUUCAGAUUUAGUAACAGUUUCACAGACUCCCUCUAGGGGAAGAACUUCUAUUUGUUCUUUUCUUUUAAAAGUAGAUCUAACAACAAAGUUUCAUUUUUCAGAUAUUUUGUCAAUAUUUGUUCCUUUAAAAUGCGAAGGAGAACAAUGGAAUCACUAUGUUUCUCUUCUUUUAACUAUCUGUCAAAAACGUUUGUCUCUGGUCAAUGAGCUUCCCAAAGAACGUCAGUCCUGACACCCGCUCCCAGGAUCAAGAUGGUGGAGAGUUACUUUGCUUUACACUCUUUCUGUAGGUUUAAACAGUCCGAAAAAAAUCCCCCCUCUUCUCCUGCUUCCGAAGGGGGUUCAACAAUUUUAAAUGAUGAAAGUUAAUCCUUUACAAGCGAUUUUCUGAACUCUAGUUUGCCAUUUCUUUGCUUUAAUCUAUCUACAAGAAACGAAAGGCUGACUUCCUGUUUGGACCUUCCUGUUUCAGUGCCAAAUUGAAAUGAGUUUCUUAGUCCAAUGUUCCUUUCUACUCGUAGGUCAUUAUUCAAAGUCCAAUUGUCCGAAAUUAAAAUACUCACAGGUAAUUGUUUUAAAAGCCAAAUUGUCCCAGGAAAAAGGCAGCGCUCUCCGGUAACGGCUGUGCGGCUUCGCUCCACGGAAGAAGCAGUUGACUCUCAGCACCGCGCCACUUCGCUCCGGAGCCCGUAAAUGGGUUCCUUUACGGGUUGGGGGGGCGCUAAAGGUGCCCGCCGAGUCCCAUGGUCACAGGCUUCAUCCGCCUGUGAUUUUUGAAAGGGUCCCCGCUUCGCCGUAGCGGGAAAGACCCGUUUCCCGUGGAGCUGGUCCCUCCGGAUCAGAGGGAGUCCGCCAUUACCGAUGGCGCCACCCUGGAAGUUCCUGAGGGCCACAUUCGAUUCCCCCACCCUUGUUUUAUUACCUGUUAAUCAUUUAUUUUAACAACUUGCACAGCACUUAAUCGCAUCGGUCUCCAGGCCGUGUAUGGGAGACCCAAUACAAUAAGACUAAAAAUGAAUUAAAAACAGAAUUCAGGUAAAAAGCCUGCUGGAAUAAUAAGUCUUCAGAAAGCGCCAGAGGUUUGGAGAUAACAGCCUAUCUGACAUCAACUGGAAGGGGGUUCCACAAAACUGGCCCCACCAUAUUCCUGGUGGGUGCAAGCUGCGUAUCUGAGACAUGGGGGCAGAAGGGACUACUCACAGUGCCUCGCUCAGUUGCCUCAAGGAUCAGCAGUUUUAGAAGUUUCUAUGCUUCCCUUUGAUUGAGCAAUUCUGAAGGUAGCUCACAGCAGGUGAUAGUCAUGCCCUCGCAUGUGUACCCAUACACUCCAACGGCCUGUUGUCCUCUCUCCAAUCAAUGCAAGUUUUUGCAUUUUAUACAAAUAAAUCAAGUUGGGCCUAUGUGGGGCAGCAGAAGGAUAACAGCUCAUGCACAGCCCUUCUCCUUGUGCCAGCCUCUUCCCCAAUGGAGGCCCUGCAAGGGAUCCUGACAUCUCCUCUUUCCUCCCUUCAGUCCCUCCCAGACAUGCAACAUAUCCAGGAAGACAACCUCUCUUCUCCUCCCUUGGGGCCUCCGAAUUACCUUCAGGUGUCUAAAGACUCCACCAGCACCAGUAGCAAGAACUCCUCUUGCGAUACGGACGACUUCGUUCUGGUCCCACACAACAUCUCCGACCAGUCAUGUAAGGCUCUGGAUUUGUUGGCCCUUGGCCAUUUGUCGCUGCCGUUUUUAAUAUUUAAAGAGAAAUAUGCACUGCUAAUUUUUUACUCGUGUCAUUGCUGAGUAUGUUUCCUGUUUCAUUUUCUCCCCAUCCCCAUUCAGAGAGCUCUCCUUAACUCCUGCAGGCCUUCCUUCCAGUGUCUUGCAAAUGAGCAAGGGUUUCAUGAGACUGGGGUAUUCCCAGGGCAAAUUUGGGGCAGGAGCAAAAAGUUUUUUGGAAAAAAGGUUUGAAAAGCUAUACAUUGUGUUCCCCCCACCACCUUGAUCCCUUUCAAUCUCAUGAUUGUAUAGGUUAAUGAAAUCAAAACUCCAGAGGAUUAAAAGCAUGGAAUAAAUCCACGUUGAAUUCCUUUCCUUGCUAGCAGGGUCCCUUUCCAGGGGUGCCAAGGCAGGAUCUACUUGCCAUCUCAUAUUAUAACUUCACCGCUGUACCCACCGGAAUGGUGGCUCACGGGGGUCAGCCCUAUGCUCAGGGCAGGGGUGAGCUUUUCAACAGCAGUCCCUUACACUUCCCUUUCCCUGCUGGAAAUGAAAAACCCAUCCCAUCCUACUCAGGGAGUGUUGCCAUUGUGUAUAAGCAACUGCACAUUUAUGCACAUUCUGUUUGCACACAACACGCAAAUGGGUUCCUGGUACCUGGAAAUGGGAAGCACCUGGUCAACUGAAGCUCUCUGGCUCCCACAAGCCAGAGAGAGAGUGGGGCUUGGUUGAGUAGAGUGUUCCCCAUUUUACGCAAUUUCACAUAUGUGUGUGGGGGCCUGGAACAGAACCCCCAUGUAAACGGGGAGUCUCCUGUAUGUAACAACCUUGAGGGCAUCCCAGCCACCGUUUCAUCUAUUCCCUGCCAGCUGUAACCUACUUUGCUGUGAAACUGCAACUUUUAUGGAGGCCAUAUUGACGCAUUGCCCGUGUGAUUCAGCUUUUAUGCUGAAGCAGGUUGCACUUCACUUCUGCCAUAUGCUGAAGAAACACCUCUUUCCCCUGGCCUCUUGAGGCCAGAGAUUUGCCUUUUCAGGGACCGCCUUGUUCCUGUGAUUGUAAUUUUUCAGACUGUUCGUAGUGUUAAAUUUUAAAUUACUGUAACCCACUGUGGGACAUCAUGGUGCUGGGCAGAUAAUAAAUUGUAAUAGUAGUAGUAAUAAUAAUAAUAGCCAGCUUCCCAUCAGUGUCUAUUCAGGAAUAUGGUGUGCGUGUGAAUAGGCUGUGUUGUGCUCAACAGAGCCGCAUUGUCUCCUUGCGCAGUGUCGCUUAGCACAGCUUCAAAUUAAAAUAUUGCUGAGUUUCUCUUUCUCGCUUGCUGUAUCUCUGCCACUCCCUGGGCCCUAAUGCCUGUUUCCUGGUGUCUUCUUUUUGCUAUACAGACGACAUGCCUCUGGCAGCAGUCGGCCGUCGGGCCUCAAGUGAAUUCCUGAUGUGCGGAGGGUAGGUGGUAACGGUCGUUGAGCUCUGUUGCUUUGACAUUCAUUGCCCAGAGUGUAGGAGGAAUGAAAAGUCGCUAGAUCGGCUUCCUCCAGCCUGAUGCCCUCUGCAUGUUUUGGACUACAAUUCCCAUGAGCCCCAGCCAGCAAAACCGUAUGCAUUUACGGGGCCCACUUAAUAAUUGGCUCUUUAAUUGGUUGAGGACAGUGCUGUGGUUGCACAGGCACACUCUGAGGUUUGUCAGUGACCCAGCAGUGGAUCCCCACACUGCAGCUGAAGACCAAUUCACAAGCCCCAGUGUUGUUUAAACAAGAACCAGUCAUAUCCCUACCCUGAACAAACCUGUUGCCUUUGUUGUGUCGCAAGAUGUGCUACAAAAGUGGCCUGCUGAAGAAGGCUGAGAGCUGUAGUCUUGUAAACUUGGAAUGUAAGAACAUAAGAAGAGCUCUGCUGGAUCAGGCCAGUGGCCCAUCUAGUCCAGCAUCCUGUUCUCACAGUGGUCCAGCAGCUGCUUCUGUGAGAAGCCCGCAAGCAGGAUUCAAGCACAAGAGCACUCUUUCCCCCUCCUGUGGUUUCCAGCAACUGGUAUUCAGAAACGUUGCUGCCUUUGUACCCCAGCAAAUUAAUCCUUCAGUUGGAAGCAAAGCUAUGCCAAUGCAAGAACGGAAUCAAAGCUGGAGCUUGGGGCUCUCUUCUUGUUUGCUUUCUUCUUCCCUCUUGUGCCACAGGAGACCGUGUAGAGUCCGUUGCGCAAUUGGCCGCUACACUUCGGCAUCAACCCCAAAGCCACUCUUUGAUUUUGCCACUUUCACAGGCGUACAAGGCAUAACAUUCGUGCGAUCAGUACAGCAGCAGCAAAUCCCUGAAAAUCUCCCCCAAACAAACCGUUUUAAAGUCCUUUAAAAAAAAUAAAAGCACUGUCUCUGCCGGAAAAGUGCUGAUGUUGUGCUCAGUGCAGCUUCCGAAUUUGCACACUGCAGAGUAGCCCCGGCCAGACUUUUAUCUAGAUUCAGGCGAAAGAUGCUUAUCUGUGCUGCAGGGGAAGCCCUGAGAGAACUUUGGCUGCUUUCUAAUUGGUAAGAUUUUUUUAAAAUUCUGAUUAUUGGUGAAACUGAGCAGAUUUCAUUUGUUUCUGAAGCGUUUUUACCCUGUUUUUCAGCCGAAAAGGACUCCCUCAGCAACUAAAAAAUGAUCAAUAAUGAGACAGUCCCCUGCUCUCAGGCUUGUACUCUAAAAGACAUGGCACAAAAAGGAGGCGAGAUUGGAUCUUAAGUUACUGAGUUUUUAUGACUGCCAGCUGGAAUGGAAACAUUUCAGAGGAAAGAUGAGCUGGUUUCUCAGCAGAACUGUUAAGGUGGCUCUCACUUUCUCCUCUUAUACUCAUUUAAAUUUGAGGUCGAUUUGCAAUUGUGAGUGAGGGUUCCGCAACUGAAACGUCACAUGCUUCCCCUCUUCCUGAGAAAACUGCUGGAUUAUGGGGGAGAUUUGGCUUGGGGAAAACUCUGGCCAAAUGCUUUCAAGUUGCUGUUGGCUGCAGGGGGGCAAGACUAACAGGCCACCCCCCCCCAAGGUCCUGAAAGUUUUCUUACUCUGGUUAACUUCAGUUUUGGAGGAUCAGAGCUUGGGGGGGGGGGGACAUUAGAGCCUUUAUGCCAGGGAUAGCCAACAUGGUGCCCUCCAGAAUUUGUUGGAUUAUGACUUUCAUCAGUCUGUGUAAACAUGGCCAGUGAAGUCCAGUAGCAUCUGGGGGUGCCAUGUCAGCAACAUCAUGGGCCCUAAUGCAAAUCUCUCGCUCUGUCGGCAGCUCCUUUUUUAGCAGGGUGGGGGUGGGUUGGCAGGAGAGUUCAAACUCUGCCGCUUGCAAAUUACAUUGCAUUUUGACUGUUUAUGAAGCGAGGUACUAUUAUGCCCAUUUUACAGAUGGGAGAGCUGCAGUUGUGGGGAAACUCCUUGUCCUGCAGGCAAGUUCAGUUGAGAGUUGCCUUCACGGCUAGGUGACGCUGCGCAUGCUGGACUUUGCCAUCUGCUCUAAUGUUUGGGGUGACGGUAUCGCAACCUUUUCUGAUUGGGGGUGCUAAGAGAGUCCUGAAGCGAUCUGUCUCCCAUGUGUUUGUGUGUCAGUCAUAGCUUGUUCCUGUGCAUCCUUCUGUGUGCUAGAGCCCCUGUGGCCAAGCCCAGCUUCCAUCGUCCCAGAUGCUGCAGAGCCUCCUUGUGGGAAAACCUCAUUAGCAGCUUUCUUCUCUUUAAGUUGCUGAGCUGCAAUGAUUUCAGCCCUUUCCAUUUCGGCAAGGUGUGAGAGAGGAGCUAGGCUCCAGAGAGAUGGGGAAUUAUAUUGCCAUGGCAACAAGGAUGAAGCUGAACUGGGCUCUCCAGGGCUUUGUGGUGGUGGUGCUUAAACAGCUGAGCAAAACUCUUUUCCGCAGCCUGCCAUCCAGUUUCCAGCUUCCUACAGAAGCAAGCUUUUGUUCACUUGGGAAGCCGUUGUGUGCUGAGGAAGGAGCAAAGCUUGUCGCUCCUCCCUGGAUUGGAUAAAUUAGCCUCCAUUGGUUGAUUUAUAAAAAUGUUUGUAUACCGCUGUGUCAUUAAAAAUCAAAUAUGUUUCUAGCAAUGAAAUCUUAAAGCCAUGAAAAAGUUAAGAUGGGGCCCCUGCGGAUUUUGCUGCAUCCGGAUCCAUCCAUUGCCCUUUCAUAAGCAUCUAGCAAGCAUUGUGAUGGUGCAAAGCUCACCUGUGUAGCUUGGAAAAGACUAAGGAAAUUUAAAAAUGUCGUUUGAAGAGGCAAGACACCCCUGGGAUUCUUGAGGGAGCAGAGACAAUAAGCAGCCAAGUCUUCUGCAAAGUUCUCAAGUUGAAGCUGAGGGGCUUAGCUGAAAUCUGCUUGAAUGCAUGCUGUCCCUUCAGAGGAGGAGAGUUUGGGGACACGUUUAGCAUGGACUCCGCUCUUGGCAUCAAGCCCACAUUAGGGAUUGUGAGGGGAAAGAUUGGAAAUGAAACUGCCAACAUCCUAAAGACUUCCUGCAAAUCUCUGGUGAUGCCACACUUUGAAUACUGUGUACAGUUUCUGGUUUCCCCACUGCAAAAAGGUUUAGCUGGCUAGUCAGUCGUUCCUGGCGUGUGGCUGCUGUCACAUGCUGACAACUUCCAGGAGCCACAGGGUGAGUGCAGGGUGGGGACUAAAGAUGCACAGGUGACCCCAGAAGGAGGAUGACAUGUCCCUCACCUGUGAUACUAACCCUCCUCUAACAACCCAUAAACUACCAAAAUUAUAAGACUAAUAAAAUUAAUGUAAGAAAACAGUUAUGAGAUAAAAUGCAAAAAUGUAGGAGACUGCAAAUGAUGGGUUAUUCACCGAACAUUUUGAGACUAUGGACUCUUCCUCACAGAAAACAGAUUUAGUUAUCUGAACAGGUCUGAACAGAUAGUUUGGGUUAACUGUCUCCCAUAGUUUGAAGAACUAAGGCUGCAAGGACAGACUAAAUGAAGGAUUUCUUCAAACAGUGCAUAAUUAAACUGUGGUGUUUGCUCCCACAAGAAGUCGUGAUGGCUAUCAACUCGGAUGACUUUAAAGGGGGAGGAGAAGACUACCAAUGGCUAGUAGCCACAAUCACUACGUUCUUCAUCCAUUAUGCCUCUGAAUACCAGUUCCUAGGAAUCAUAAGUGUGGAGAGAGUUACUGUUUGUGGGCUGCUGACUGGGGGCUUCUGUUUGGCCACUGUGAGAACAGUGCUGGACUCGAUGGGCCCCUUUUGGCCUGAUCCAGUAACCAGGCUCUCUUCUGAUGUGCCGUUUGCCCCAGUGUGGGCUGCACAGUUUGCGCCUGUAGGUCUUCCCCCACAUCUACCUUUCCCCAAAACGUUUUGGCACAAAUCUAAGCUAGUGAACUUCAGGCAUCCACUUCAGAGCGUGGGCAGCGGCUGCCGCUGUGUGGCUCAUUCCCAAGCAUAUCUUGACCUGUGUUUAGCUGAGCUGUUCUCAAGAGGCCAGCAUCUACUCUGGCUGAGAAGUUUGCAGCAGAAGCACAUGAACCACACAUGCACCCACACAACAGCGUGCUUAGGUGAUAAUCUUUGGCUGGUUUAUUGACUAGUUACAUAAGCUGUUUUCUUGCUCCAAACCGUUCCCCGUAUCGCCUGCCUUUUUGAGCCUUGAACAAACACAAGGCAACGCAGGCCAGCCAUCCUUGCUCCUGAACUUCCUGUUCCCUCCCCACAGUGGAUUUUCCUAGAAUGACUUUGUUUUGAAACAUUGGAAGUGGGUGGGGAGAGAGCGUCCUCCAGCCUCUCUGCCCGCAUGCCUGCCUGUGGGAAGGAGGGGAGGGGCCCAGUGUGCAGCUGACCUGCUUUCCUCCGAGUUAAAUGAUUGAUUUUUCCAGUCAAGUCUCCAGUCCCUGCUGGUUUGCACUCCGGCUCAUUAGCAGAGGCUUGUUUGCCGCUGUCCAGAAACCGCAACUAUUUGGCGCACAUGUAGACCCUGCCGGGAAACCCAGGGCCUUGUUCAUUUGCCUCUCUCCCGAAGACCCAUGCUAACUCUGGACAAUGGUGCAGAUUGAAAAGCGGCUCCUCUGCCACCCCUCAUUCCCCCUCUCCUUCCCUCCCGCCUUCAGGCAGUGCCAGCCGUCGGUCUCCCCCCGCAGCGAGACGGCACCAAUCCCAGUUCCCACUCAGCUACGCAAUUACCAGCGCAUCGAGCAGAACCUGACCUCGGCUGCCAGCCCCGUGUCAAACCCCCAUGGGUCGCCCAGGUAAGAGAACUUUUUUUUUUCCGUAUUUGCUUUGCCCGCCCUCGCCAAAGGAAGAUGUCUUGCGGGUAAUUAAAAAAAACACAUAUGUUGUUUCUUUGUUUGAAUUGGGUUAUAUGACUAUAAGGCCAUUGUACAGUGGUACCUCGGGUUACAUACGCUUCAGGUUACAUAUGCUUCAGGUUACACAGAAAUAGUGCUUCAGGUUAAGACAUUUGCUUCAGGAUGAGAACAGAAAUUGUGCUCUGGUGGCGCAGCAGCAGCAAGAGGCCCCAUUAGCUAAAGUGGUGCCUCAGGUUAAGAACAGAUUCAGGUUAAGUACGAACCUCCGGAACGAAUUAAGUACUUAACCCAAGGUACCACUGUACAUUUAAAGCACACACAAUGACACACAACCCCGCCCCCAACCCUGGGAACUGUAGUUUAAGGGUGCUGGGGGUUGUCGGUCUGUGAGGGAUACACUACGGUUCUCUGUGGAUUCCAUGUCCUCUAAAUAUGCUUUAAACAUACGGUGUGUUUACCUAACUUGAUGGGCACAUUGGAACUCUACAAGACCCAGCAGGAUAUUUGGUGGGAGCAACUGGAGGUUAUGUUGCAGGAAAAAACAUCCUAACGGUUGAUGUGGAACAGUAUCUAAAUAGUCAAAUAUGUCUGAAGUUGUUUAAUGUUUGAAGAAGGGUUGGGAAGUCACUGUUGCUAUUGUUCAAACAAAAGCUGAACAUUCUGGGGUCAGGUUGAGAAUGUGUCUCUGUUAAAGAUUGUUAGUGACAGGCUGGCGUUGGCGGCUGCUGCUGCUGAUUUGAUUUCUUACCCGCUCAUCACCAGGUUGGCAAAGGCUGUCCUAGAGUGUCAAAAGACCCAGAGUAAAGAGGUGCACAUAUUGCAAACAGAUCUCUCCCUGAAACUGGACAUAAGUCUCCUUUUGGCUUUCGUUUGUAGAUCUGCUGUGGUGAGACGGUCGAACACCAGCCCCAUGGGCUUCCUGAAGACCGGCUCCUGUUCCCCAGUGCCAGCUGAUUCCGCGCAGGGCGUCGGGCGCAGGCUGUCCACAGGAUCUUCCCGUCCGUACUCCCCUUCACCGCUCGGUAAGUGCAUAAGCAGAGACACUUGAAAGGUGCAGUUUAGCACAAAAAGAGGUGGUUGCUUAAAGGCAUUCUGCCUUUACGACUCUCAAAGAGGGCUUUUGUGUGCACUUGAUAGCAAAAUCUUGUGCUCAGCAAGUAGCUCACCACUGCUGGAGGGGGGAAGGGUCUAAUCUCUCUAAUAAUCAGGGCAAGCUUGAAAUGCCUCAGGCCCCCACAGGCGCCAUGCCAGGGAUGAAAACCCAGCUCCACACUGGGGUACAGGAUGCAGCUUGUUUUUGUGCUAGCUCUGGGAUUGCACAGCACAAAUUGAUUUGUUGGUUGGAGGUCUUACCUGGCCUUCCCUGUAAACUCCAUGGGCAGGUUACAAGGAUAUAGCUAUCUGGUUAUAAGAGAAAUAAGACCAGUUGCGAUUACAAAAUAAGGAGAGUAUGUGAAAACAAAAGACAGUUCCAUCUAUAAAACAAUUUGUUUCAUAUAUUAAAAAACAGGGUUGUAACAGCAUUAAUGAAUUUCAGUGGGUCUGCUCUGAGUAGGAAUAACGGUGGGUACAGCCCAAUGCAAACAUUAAAAAAUAAUUCCAUACAUAUACACAGUUAAAUAGUUCUGAUGUAGAUGCAAGCUGAUACAGACAAUUGAAGUCUGCUGUGACUGCAGUGACAACCACAUCCUCCUCACCUGCACCCUUUCACUUUAGCUCUGAGCUGGAUAGUGUGAAACAGAGCAAUGAGAUUAUAGUGAAAACAAUCACAGAGUCUCCAGCUAGUAAAAUUAAGUUUGCCAUCAGCUUUCAUGGACCCGAGACUCGAUACAUGAAGCAUCGUCCUGGAAGUUGCAGCUCAUGUGAUUUUUUUUGGGGGGGGGAGGCAGUGAGGACCAUAAGCAUUGGGGUCAGAGGGAAGGGAAACAGAAAAGUUGAGACUGAAACUAUUGUUCAGAAAGCUGUGCCUCAGAGAUCCUGUUUAUAAAUCACAAUGAGGUGUUUUUAAAGGAGCAGCUGCUGAUCAAGGGCACCUGUGGUGUAUUUGUUUGAUCAAAUGCUCCCUUGUUUUCUUUUUCUGGAAAAUAAUAAUGGUGCGUGCCCUUCCUUUCUCCAAUAGUUGGCACCAUCCCUGAGCAACUUGGGCACUGCUGUUGUGGGCAGCUGCAAGGGCACGACUCCCGGAGCCGGAACUCCUCAGGUGAGCAGCAUCUCAUCCCCAUUUCACUUAUUUAUGUCAUUUAUAUAUAGUGGUACCUUGGGUUACGAACUUAAUUUGUUUCGGAGGUCCAUUCUUAACCCGAAACUGUUCUUAACCUGAGAUGCGCUUUCGCUAAUGGGGCCUCCUGCUGCCGUGCCACCGCCACGCAAUUUCCGUUCUCAUCCUGGGGCAAAGUUCUCAACCCAAGGUACUACUUCUGGGUUAGCGGAGUUUGUAACCCAAAGCGUUUGUAACCCGAGGUACCACUGUACGCUGCUUCAUAUUUCAGAGAGCAAUCUAUCAAAUGCUUUACAGCAGCCUAAGAUCAUCACAAAGAGCCGGAACGCAACCCCAAUCUAACCUGCCGCCCAGACAUGCACAUCCUGGGCAACUGUUAGCCCCAUUUCAAGAACCCUAAGUCGCAAAGGUUUCUGGGUAGCUUACCCAAGAAGGUCUUAGGCGCAAAGCAGUUGCUUGAAAGACUGGCAGAGAUGAGCUAUUCUCUAUAGAUUUGGGAGCACUGCUUAUACAAACAUCAAGGAGUCUUUGGGCAUGAACUUGACAGUGCAAUUUAAUAGGAUUUCCCUUGUAAGGUGUUUUUUGCUUUUCUUCCUAGUAACCCCAUUUGGCUGGUCUCUCACAUUCCCAUUUUACUGAUGGGAGAAGAGAUUGAGUCUCUCUCCACCGAGGCCUCUUGGGGACUGAAGCAGCUCUUGGUGAUGCUUCCCUGGACUGUACCAUUUGAUGCUGCCAUAGGGGGGUGCUCAUAUCUGCAUGCUCUUUCACAUAGGUUAUUUAUUUUAUUUCAUUAGUAGGGGCCAGAGCAGCCAGGUAGGGGGUUCCUCCUCACUUGCCUUCUGAAGCUGAACAGUAGAGGAAGAAAAAACAUUGUAUGCACAUGUGUGAAUCAGCCCCCAGUCUUGGUUAAAGCAAGACUAGCCCAGCCCUCCGAGAAGCAAGCCCCAGCACCCCCUGGGGCUCGCCUGAUGUCUUGGGCAGCAGGAAAACUCUGCCCUGGAGCUUGUAUGUUGAAAGUUCUGCUGCAGAGCCGACAAACUGAAGGUUAACUCAUUGAAAACAGCAGGGUUGGUUUUAAUCCUCUCCCGAUUUAGAGGCACAGAUUUGGGUGGGGGCGGGGGGGAUGCCUUUUUAAAUGAAGGAAGGGAGGCAGCCUCGGUUAGCUUUGUGGAUGGUCCUACACACAGGUCUUUGUUGGGUCAGCUUCCGUGGCUCUCUUUGUCUGGACAGGCAGGCACAAUCGCACACGCGCAGAGCGGUUGCCUGCCAAGCGCUUGGCUUUUGUGGGGGGGGGGUAGCACUGUUCAAGUACAGCUCCCUCCCAAGAUGGAGGACAAGCAGCCAGCGCUGUGACCCCAGCUGACCUUCCCUGCGUCCUCAGUUCCCCCCCAGCUUUGAUGUUCUACUGUAGGCUCUCCUCCCUCCCUCCCUCCCUCUCUCUCUCUCUCUCUCUCUCUCUCCCCCCCCCCCUCUCUAGUGGAUUAUGAAAGCGCUGGAUUGUAAGCUUCCUCCUCCCCACCCCCUUUCCCAGGCUUUCAGUCCUUUGUGACUUCUGAUGACAAAGGGAAAGCUUUCCAUCCACUCAACCCAAGUGGAUCUCCCCCGCUCUCCACAUGCGCAUAAGGCCUUUGGGUUGAUGGACAGUGGUGAAUCUUUGCUUGGGAGCCAUGACUUUUUAAAGAAAUUUUGGACUCUGGGUACAACAAAGAGCUCAGUAUCUAUCAUUGUGAGAGGCCAUAAAGCAAAGGGUGGCCUUCAACUAAGUUCUGCUCAGAGUCGACCCCUUGAAAUCAGUGGGUGUAGCUUAGUCAUGCUCGAUAAUUUCAGUGGGUAGUUGAAUACCACCCAAAAUGACAUCUGCUCCAUACGUUGGAAGCACAUGGCUUCUCCCAAAAGACUUUUUUGUUAAAGGUGCUGGCAGUUGUAAGGAGGGAACCCAUAGCAGUUAAAGUGAUGUAAAUGUGCUUUAAAUUGGAGGCAGUGGGCUCAACUUUACCUCUUUAGGAUAGUGGUGACAGCAUGCCUUGUGGGAGUGUUCUGAGGGCGAGCAAUUUUCAGGGGUACAAUACACUGGCACAGUGUUUUACUCAAAGUAGACCUGUUGAAGUUAAUGGACCUAACUCAGUCCUGUUCAUUAAUUUCAGUGGGUCUGUUCUGAGUAAUGCCCAGUUGAACGCCAUGCAAAAUCACAUUCAAACCAUACAUAUAGAAAACACAGUUCCCAGGAUCCUUUCAGGGAAGUAUAUUUUUUAAGGGUGCUGGGAAUUGUAGCUAUGUGGGUGGCAAACCUGGUUGACCCCUUUAGGCUUUCUGUGUGCAAGGCAGGUGUGCUCUUUGACUGAUCUAUGCUCCCCCCCCCCCAAAAAAAAUGGUUACCUUUGUCUGAAUGUCAGUUGUUGAGGAUCACAAGUGGGGAGAAAGUUUCUUCCUUGCUUGUGGGCUUCCCACUGGGGCAUCUGAUGUAGAUGGGCCUCUGGCUUGAUUAUGCAUCCAGGGCUGGGUGAAGAAGUAUUUCCUCUUGCCUUCAUCUCUUCAGAGGGAAGACUCUACUGGGAGCUUUGAAUCCCACCCAGAUGGCCUUUUCCCACUUCUUCCUCUUCCCCCAGGCUCCCUGGCACCGCAGUCCCAGUCUCCGCAGUCCCUCCUGAUGGCGGGUGCCCGUCUACAGAACAGCCCAGCGACCCUGACGGACAUUUACCAGAACAAGCAGAAGCUCCGGAAGCAGCACUCGGACCCUGUCUGCCCAUCCUACACGGGCUACAGCUACAGCCACUCUCCACAGCCAGCCCGGCCGGUCAGCCUGGGGACGUCACCCACGAAGCACGCAGGAUCGUCGCCCCGGAGCUCAGACUGGCUCUUCAAAACACCCCUGCCUACAAUCAUUGGCUCUCCCACAAAGGUGGGUGUUGGGACCUCUUCCACAGGGACAAAAUUGGUAGGCUCUGGACCAGCGUAGAAAUGCUGACUCCCUCUUAGAGAAAUUGGGAGCAGGUUAAGGAUCAUGUGGUGUCUCUAGGGAAUUAGUUUAUCUCCCCCCCUCAGCCUCUGCUUGCACGAGAUCCCCUGGCACCUUUGCUUAACUGCGCUUAAAUUGACAUCUGUUGUUGACUCAUCUGUUUUUUAAGCCAUAGCCAACUCAUUGUUGGACUCGCAAGGGCUGUAUGCAAUGCAGCUUCACUGGCGCAAGGGGCUUUGAACAAUGGAACCUCCUCUCCUGGCACCUCAAAACCAGCUCCAGGGUGCUGGAGGACCCUCCAGAGCAGAUUUGGGGUGGGAGCUGAGGAAACUGAAGUCCCGCUGCUAUCAACUAGCUGUCGUUACCACUGGCAGUUGGAGUUAACGUCUGAUGAGCCGCCAUUUCCCCCAUCCCUGGCUUGAAACCAGAGACUUGAAUGGCAGGUGGGGGUGGGGUGUGACUCCAGGAAGAGAGGGAGGCUGCUGCUGAUCUUCUUAAGCCUCAGCUGCCUCAAAAUGAUAAAGCCAGAUGGGAAUGAAACCCUGUGAGACUCACUUCUAUUUUAUUUGCCCUUCUAGACAACCGCUCCUUUCAAGAUCCCCAAAACUCAAGCCUCCUCCAACUUGGUGGGCCUGGUCAGCCGCCAGGGACCAUCGGACGCCCCACUACUGCAGCAGGCAAAGGAUGUGGGCGAGGCGAGAACGUUCCCCCACUUCCAUUCGACACAGGGAAGCGACAGGCAGGCAGCGGAACAGCAGCAGCAGCAUCACCGCGGCAAGACUCUGUUUGGCAGGUAGCAGCCGCAGCCUCCACCCUCCCUCCCCAAACGCUGUGCCCUAACCAACUUGGCCCCAGAGUGCCUUAACCUCCGUCCCCCACCCCCUUAUGCUGCACCCCAGUCACUUUUGGUGGUCCCACUUGCCCCAAACUUUUGGCUGGCCUUUUCCACAGGUCGAGCGUUCACUGUGGCAGGCCCUGAAAUCCUUGUUGGUAGAAGAGGCUUGCCAGGAGCUGUCCCUGCUCCGUUUUGGAUGGGUAAAAAAACAAACCUGCCUUAUCCAGGCAGGCCUUUUCAAACUGGAGAUUAUUUGCCCAACCAGAUUUUACUUAAGCGUUUGACAUUUUAAAAUUGUUUCUAGUGAAAUGACGGGGGGGGGUUAUCCCAUAUACCCCCUUGUGCUAUUUUUAUACAACAGUGUGGGUUUCCAAGUAAAUAAGUUUUUUAAUUUUAAAAAAUCCAUUGCCUGCAGAAACAAGGGGGCUCUUCAAGCCCCUUCAUGCCCCAAAACCCAUGCCAAGGAUCACUGUAGAGGCAGAGCUGUGGAGCAGAAGAAAAAAUCACCCAUUUCACAUCUUACCUUUACCAAGGAACGCAGCAGGCCCCUUUCACCUGUUCUUGCUCUCCUCUUGCCUGUUUGUGGCAUAUACAAAUGAGGCAGAGUGGGUCCUAUUUCCUCAGCUGACAAAACAGUUCUGCUUCUGCUGAUUCUAUAAGGGAGGCCUUGGCAAAGCACUGAACUUCGCCACCCCAGAGCACUAGGGUUAAGCUUUCAGUGCAGCGCUCUUCCUCCCGCAGAAGCCACUGUGGAAAUGGAACGGAAGCACCUGGUUGUUUCAUUGGGCUUGCCCAGCAAAAGGUCCCAGCGGAACACGAUCUCUGCAGUGUGUGGUUUAGACCACAGCAUGUGGAUCUGGUGUGUCAAUGUGUGUAAAUAGAAGCCUCAUUUCCUGGUGCGGCUUCUCCCCCUCCAGCACUCAAAAGUUCCCCCUUGUUUUGCAUUUUGCACUUGCAAAUCCAUGUUUGUUUCUCCCUGCCUGCAAACUCCUACCAGAUGAAGAUGGGUGUAAAAUACAAACCGACCCCAAGCCUCAUUUUGAUCUGUUGUACAGUUGGUUUUCUUUCUUCUCCCUAGUUCCACUAGGUCUUUCCACCCCGCUGAAGUGGAUCUUUAAACAGCUCUUUUGAGAGCACUUUCCCCUCCUCUCCUCUGCUGUGCUCUGCUUGCCCCCUCCCCACCCCCAGGCUGGAUGAAGCAAGUCACACACACCCUUGCCCAGCCCAGGCUUUGCCCGCUGGAUUUUGCCAUUUCCCAAGCGCAUUGCUCUCUUUCUGCCUAGGUCUGUGAGCACCGGCAAGCUGUCAGAUCAGCAAGCAAAAGCUGCUCUGGGAGGCCAGCUCUGUCAGGGCAGUACAGACAGCCUUAACACUGAGCGGCCAAUGGAUACAGGUAAGGCAGCUGGUGGCUGGAGCUCUUGGUAGGGUGGAAGGCAAGGGAGAAAUGGAGGAAGAAUGCCUGUUCAGUAGCUGCAUGCAUGAGAGAGAGAGUAUAAAAAGCCUGUGAGUAUAUAUAUUGAGUGUACAUAUAGGUAUGCAUACAUUCACUCCCUCCUGGAAUGCAAGAGGCCCCCACCUGUGAUGGCAUUCUGCUGGCUUCUGAAGGCACAGCUGUUUACUUGGUCAUUCCCGUGAACACUCUCCCCAUGACUCCCAUUUUAAUAGGGCUGUUUUCAUCGUGUGUUUUACACACACCCCUGCCAGCUGAAGACAGUGCCACAAAUCCACCCAAGUGGCCUCCAGCCCACAAAAGCUUUAUAUUCAAAUUGCCCCUGAACUUUAUGGCCACUGCAUGACUAAUAGCCAGGAGGAAUAAAAAACAUAAAUAACAUGAAGGCAUGGAUUAUCCAUUGACCUCCGCUUGCAAAUGUUUUCCUCCCCCCCCCCCAAGAGUGAAAAUCAAAUUUUAAUAGGGUGGCCAGAUCCAGAUUAAAGUUGCUCCUCUCCCCGCCUCCCGACCAGAUGGUCGUUGGCCUUGCCUGGGUUAAGCCAAAAACCUCACAGGAAAAAGUGGGUUUCGAGGAGGGAUCUGUAAUGGGAGAUAACCAGGGAAGUGGCAAGAGGGACAGCAGAUACCCCUUCCCAGUGGCCGUGUUUGGCUCUAGCUCUACUUGUACAUUGUGUGGGGGGCAUGUCCUCAUGAGGACUAACGUGCCAUCUCUUCCUCCCCCCAGCUCCACCUGGGGCCUGUGGCAUCGCAGCAGUUCCUCCCUCCAUGGGAGCCGGCGUGAGCUCGAGAGCCGUGAUGUUUACCGUGGGGUCCCCUCCGAACAGCGCCACCCCUCCAACCUGCACCCACAUGGUCCUCAGAGCUCGGACAACAUCUGGUGAGUGGCAUAGAUGUUGCCUGUUGCUGGGGCCAGAUUGUGCAGGGAGGUGGGAGUUCAGGAGAAGUUGGUUGGGGAUCUCGGACUGUUGCCCCAAAAUAAGGUUGCCAUAUUUCAAAAGGUGAAAAUCCAGGAAAAAAGUGGUUGGUUUUUUUUGCCAAAAUUGUUGAGCUUUUUCUGGCGACCCUACACCCCCUUUUUUUUAAGUAUUCCAGGGCAAAAACCCUCUCAAAAGAUAGGGGAGCCUCCUGUCUGUCUGCAGAAGUGCUUCAGCCCUUUCAAUACUCCUCCCUUGACUGAAUCACAGGAAGACCCUGAAGCAUCCUUACUUACACAUUGAUUUGCUCCAGGGCUUCUGAGAAAAAGUACACUUGUGGUUGGGUGGAGAGUGAAAAUCGUUAUAACCACAUGUCUGUAAUUUUGUUUCAUAGUUUGCUGUUCCCUGAAUAAUGCUGAGCUUUGGCAGGGACCUCAGCACCACCUACUUUUUUUGCAGCUGAUUUUCACCAGGGGCAGGGGGCUUUGAACUCAGAACUUUGAACUUGGGCUGAAACAAGUGUGUUUCUUUCUCCCCUCCCCACCUUUUCCAGUCGGCUCCAACAGCUCUGGGGGGUCUCUGUGUUCUACCAGCGGCCGGGUCCUCAUGGGCUCCCCUCCUGGUGUUUACAUGGGCUCCUCUCCCCCCGGAGCAGAGGCGGCUCCAUGCCUGAAGUACAUGCCUUAUGGCACUUCACCUCCAAGCUUAGAGGGGUUUAUCACCUUUGAGGCCCCAGAACUGCCGGAAGAGACUUUGAUGGAGGUAAGGAACAGCGGCAACUUAAGAGUGAGUAUAUGUUACUGUGUAUUGGGGCUAGGGUUUCUCCAGAUGUUGCAAGGUCAACUGUCAGGGAUGACUGGAGAUGGGCUGCAGCUACAGCUGGAAGACCACAGAUGUCCCAUCCCUGUUACAUAAAUGAAACAUUCGUUGUUAAAGCAGUUUAGGUUUUUAUAAGAUAGUAGGUAUUUCAUCUAUUCAAGUUCCAACUCCCCAAUAUUUUCAUUCACACACACAUACAUACACAGGAGAACCCAUUUUUUUCUCUGCAUAUUUUAUGUUGUUCUUUUAUUGAUCACCUAUGCAAGUGUCUCAGUGUGAUGUAAAAUAAAGAAAUGGAGAGGGGAAGAAAUAUUUGAAAACACACACACACACACAUGAGAGAGAGAGAGAGAGAGAGAGAGAGAGAGAGAGAAUACAAAGUAGACGCUCCUGGCAGAGUCCCCUUGCACCCAGCUGGAGAAGCCUGUUGGAACAAAAAGGCAUUGAAAGUGCAGGUAGUGGGCACAUCUUGCAUCUUGACAGAGUUGCAUUUUUGAAUAUUGACAGAUAAAAUUCAUUUAUGCUUUUGAAGGAGAUUGUAACAGCGAUGACCCCCUAAGGGCAGGGGGAGCCUGUGGCCCUCUAGACUUUGUUGGACUACAUCUCCCAUCAGCCCCAGCCAGCAUGACCAGUGGCCAGGGAUGGAGGGCUGUAGAUUCCCCAUGCCUGGUGUGUGUGUGUUCUGUAACACUUUUCCCCAAUACGUAACUAUUUGUCAGAGAAGAACUAAAGCUUACAACCCUUGCCAUUAAAUGCCUUCUAAUUGGGGGCAGGAAUGUUUUCAGCACCCACCUUAAAACUUUGGAAAGAGAGAGGGACCUUGCCAGAUCUUCCCAGGGGGAGAAUUCCAUAUAGCUGUGGGUGGCACUCUAGGGAAGGGGCUGUUUGGCAGUGGUGGCCUGCUGACUCCUUGACGCUAAGCAGGGCUCUCUCUGCUUCUUCCCUCCUGGCAGAGGGAGCACACAGACACCCUGCGCCACCUGAACUUGAUGCUGGCCUUCACGGAGUGUGUCCUGGACCUGACGGCUGUCCGAAGCGGGAACCCUGAGCUCUGCUCCUCGGCGGUAUCUGUCUAUCAGAUCCAGGAGAGUGUGGUAGUGGAUCAGAUCAGCCAGCUGAGCAAAGACUGGGGGUAGGUACCCACCCACCAGACCCCAGGAGGCUGGUCUUUCUUGAGCUGCCCAGUGCCAAUGUGCCCAAGUCAUUAUACCAUCAAGAAGGCAUUUCUGUGUUGCCAAUGAGCAAUGUGGGGUAUUUUUUUGGGGGGGGGGUAGUUCUUCUGAGGCUGAGCUGCACAAGGCUCUCUCUUCACGCCCCGCAUGUGGCAAUGGGCCAAUGCCUGAGCUGCUAUUCUCUCCCUUGCUUUUUAAUGCUUGCUGUGGACACCCCCCCCCCAAAAGGGAUUGGGAAAGUGGCAGCUCCUCUCCUAACAAAAGGCACCCAUUUCUCUCUUCUCCAGGCAAGUUGAGCAGCUGGUCCUGUACAUGAAAGCUGCCCAGUUGCUGGCGUCCUCCUUGCACCUAGCCAAAGCGCAGAUCAAGUCGGCGAAGCUGAACCUCUCCACCGCAGUGAAGCAAGGUGUGUGGGGCUGCCCCCAGGGCACGGAGCCCAGGCCCUUGGCCCGUCCAGCUCAGUGGGGUCUGCAAUCAACCGGCAGCAGACCCUCCAGGAUCCCAGGUGGGAGGACAUUCCCAGCCCUGCCUGGAGAUACUGCAAGGGACAGAACCUGGGACUUUUCACAGGUCGAGUAUCUGCUGCCUUUCAUGCAGAAAGUCCCGCUUCCGUCCCCAGUGGCAUCUCCAGGGACGGCUAGGAAAGCAUCCUUGCCUGAAACUCUGGAGAGCUGGUGCCAGUCAGAGUGGGCAGCUCUGAGCUCAAUGGACCAUUGUUCUGGCUCAGUAGAUGGCAACCUGCUAGGACCCAGAGGUGGCAGUGGAAGCUUCCCAGACCCAGUGGACAGGCCCAGGAGCUUGUCAAGGUCUGUAGGGCAUCAGGGGCUUUGAAUUGGUGGCAGCAAGGCCAAGGCAGCAGCAUACGCCCUUCUGGCUGUGAGAGGAGCAGGCCAGUGCCCCCCUCCCUGUUUCACAGCUGCUUUCUUCCCUGCAGUGGUAAAAAACCUGAACGAGAGGUACAAGUUCUGCAUUGCCAUGUGCAAGAAGCUGACCGGAAAGCUGAACCGGUUCUUUUCGGACAAGCAGAGGUUUGUCGACGAAAUCAACAGCGUCACGGCAGAGAAGCUCAUCUACAGCUGUGCUGUGGAAAUGGUAAAGGGGGUCGGUGGGGAGAAGGCUAUACAGCGGUGGUGGGCGGAGCCAGAGGCAAAAGGGGGUGGAGCAAUGAACACAUGUCACCUUUGUCCAGGAGGCUGGUUUCUGCAUUUGCUGUCUCUCUCACACCCUUCUGUCCUCCACCCAGGCCAGUGAGAGGCAUGAUCAGACACUUUCUAGCCUUGUAAAAGCACUGAAGGGGGAUGCAAAGCAGGGCUGGGGCAAAAGGGCAGGUCCAGAUAAAGAGUGUCUUGGAGGGCUGCAUUUGGCCCCUGUAUCUGAUCCCCUUGUAGGUAAAAGAUAGGAGGACUUUCAGGAGAAAAGGGCUUUUUUGUGGGUGGGUGGGAGUCCUGCCUGUGUCUGCCCCUCAGAGCUCCAGGGCUCAGCCUCCUUAUCCACAAGCAAAUCUCUCACCAGCUAUCAUGGGAAACAGGAUUCUGAAUAAGUGAGCCUCUGGCACUCACUGAGAAUCUUGCCACAGUCAUGUUCAAAAGCCACGUGUGGGCUCCCUCCUUGUUUUUUUGUUUUUUUUAAAUGAUAUUUAUUACUUUUUCAAAAUUUCCAACACAACACUACAAACAAAAAGAAAAAGAAAAAAAGAAAAGAAAGAAAAAACAAUACAAAUACAAUACAAAAACGCUACAUGGACUAACAAAUCAAGCAAAAACAAUUUAAAAACACCUCAAACAUUUUCAAUAUCUUAUAUCUCAUUCGCUUAUUUCCAACGACUUCCUCACACCUCCCUUUUUGUAUUCCACUUCUAUUAUUUGUUUCAGCAAUUCCUUUCCAUCUUACUCUGUUUUCUGUUCUAUAAUUAUCUUAACACAUUCUUGCCAUACUUUUCCUUUAAUUUUCUAUUAAUCUAUUUAUACUUAAUUCCUUAUGACAUUUCUACUAAAGCCAUGUAAUUUCAUUCCAACAUUUUUCUAACAUUCCUUAAUUUUACAAUAUUUCUAUAAAUAGUCUUUAAACUUUUUCCAAUCUUCUUCCACCGACUCUUCACCCUGGUCUCGGAUCUUGCCAGUCAUUUCCGCCAAUUCCCUAUAGUCCAUCAACUUCGUCUGCCAUUGUCCAACACUUCAAUGUUUUCAAGAAGCAACCCUUCUCUCAACCAGCAAAAGGCAGAUGGUUCACAACGAAGUUUAAAGGUCUGGCAGGGCAGGUCCACCUCCUUCUUUAGCAUCCAUCAAUAUCUUAAGCUUGACUCGAGGCUUCCUGCCCUGCCAAACAACUCUAGGAGCAUUCCUCUGCCACCUCCUGAGACCCUGCAUCCCAUCCAGAUCUUGCAAUGUUUGAAACAAAAGCAACAUCCCCAGCAACACAGCAGCCCUCAUCCCCACCACAAUAACUCGGCCCAACAGUAACAACUUCUGAUUUGUCCAUAUUUCCAAAUCCCCCUUCUCUUCAAUCCAACAUCCUUCACAGUUGUCCUUAAGCAGAUUCACAUUUUUAGCGGUCAUACUAACCCCCAAAUACCUCUCUUUCUCAACCAAUGUUAGUCCUGUCGCCUCCUGAAACUCUGUCAGGCUUUCCUUUUCCAAUUCAGAUAGGGCUCUGGUCCUCAAAUUCAUCCGUUCUUCUUUAAGUUCAAUCAUAACGAAUGUCAGCUUAUGUUCAUCAAGUUGUCUUUGUAUGGAUGGGACUCUCCUCUCCAGUUGUAUUACUUUCGAUUCAGCAGCAAGGGUUUUUCCCCUGACUUCAUCUGCAGUUUGCCGUAUCAGAGUAGAUUCCUGUAUCAGUUUCUGGGUAGUUUCUGAAUUGGUAUUCACCUUUUGUCCCAAAUUAUUUAAACUUUCUACAAUUAAAUCAGUUUCAAUAUUUGCAACAUCCAAUUUCACAUUUAUCGCAUCUGUUUUCUUAUGGAGUUGUUCCAGCGAAUCGUUUAUUUUCAAUAAUGCAGCCACUAAGGCCUCCUCUGUCGACAUCCUGUCUGUGUUUUCAUUUCCGUUUGCCAUAACACUUAAGAGAUUCAAGGUCAAUUCCAAAGUCUCACACUUUUUUUAUCUUGCAGCUGGAAAGUCCCCUAGCCCAGCUCCUACAAAGUAACCAAUUUCAAAAGCUUCCACUAGGGGAAAACAGGUUGUAUUUGUAUCGGUCAAUAUGUCCUCUUUUAAACACAGUUUCAAUAAUCCGAAGUUAGUUUCAAUUUUCAGUUACUUUCCUCCUUUUUUAAAAACAACCGGAAACAGUAGAAACAAUGUAUUUCUCUUAUUUAGCUAGCUGUCAAUGAACAUUCUAAGCGCUGUCAAUGAACAUUUUUUAAAAAAAAAAUCAGUCUUACUAGCAGCCCGUUUCCAGGGUCAGAGCUGCGGUGUUUUAAGCCUCUUCGCUCUCUCCCGCAGGCAUACUCAAUACGCAGCUUCCCCCUCUCUUCUCCUGCCUCCAAGAGGGGGUUUAAUGUUCUUUACCGUUGGAAAUUUGAUCUUUUACAAAAGACCUUCCAGGACUCCAGCUUGCAACUUCGUUGCCUCAGUCUAUUUACAGAAAGGGAAGGCGGACUUCCUGUUUUGAACCUCCCCGUUACGAUACCAAAUUAAACUUUUAGAGAUCCAAUUCUUCCGUUUCAGCUCUACUCACGGGUAAUUACUUUAAAGUCAAAUUGUCCACAGGAAAAGGUCAGCGCUCUCCGGCAACAGCUAUGCGGCUUCGCUCCGUGGAAGAAGCAGACGAUUCGAUGCACCGCGCCGCUCACCCCACGUCGCUCCGGAGCCCCAAAAACCGGGGUUCCCCGCGAGUGGGGGAGGCGCAAAAGGUGCCCGCCGAAUCCCACGUUCACAGGCUUCUCCCGCCUGUGAUUUUAACGGGUCUCCGCCUUCGCCAGAUGUCAACGGAGCAGAUUCCUCCCUGUCAGAGGAAUUCUGCCAUUGCUGGAGGCGCCUCCCCCGGAAGUCCGUGUGGGCUCCCUCCUUGGCUUUGCCUUUCUGGGGAACAUAAAAGCAGUGAGGGGCCCUUGCAUUUCCAUUGAAAGAGGCACGCAAACAAAUUAGGUGGCACUCUCGGGAUUAAUUAAACUGGGCUUUCUUUUUUCCAUUUGUUAACGUCUUCUUUGUAUGUCUCAGAAGUUAACCCAAGGUGCCAUUUCUACAUGUUGUCUGGCUAAUAUUUCGUCAGACUUAAACAGUCAUUAGUUUUAAUUCCCUGGGCUGUCACACACAGUCCCCGUUGUGGGAGACAGGGAAGCUUUUCUGGUAAUGGUACCCUGGGUAACAUGGUUGGAGGCUCAGGGAGAGACUCCCUGCUGGUCUUGGGCAAAAUAGAAAGGUUCCGGGGUUUCCAAAAGAUGUGCAGGAGCUUCAAACAAAGAGGAGGAGCGUUCACUCAUUGGAAAAUAAAAAUCCACACAAGUUUUCCCACUGUUCCAGUUCUUCCUUUUAAAAAGAUUGAGGGAAAUAUUAAAAGCUCUUUCCCCUCACCCAGAUUUUUUUCUUGGAGGUUAACAUUUCUAAUGUUUUUACUUUCUACCAAUGAUGUCAAGCGUGUGCCCCCUCCCCACUUGUAUCAUCUCAGAAGCUACUGUGAGAUAGGCUAAGCUGAGAGAUUGGGAAAGGGGCACCAAGUUGCCCUUGGCAGAAGAGGGAUUAGAACCCAGGUCCUCAGUCACGUCCUUUACUCCUCGACAGGUGGCAGUCUCUGCGUUGGGUGGAGGUUGCCUUCCGUGCAGGUCACUGCUUGGAGUGCCCCCUUUUUCUUAGCCCCUGGGCUUGAUCGGUCUCUUCAUCCCAUCUCAGGUGCAGGCAGCAGCCCUGGACGAGAUGUUUCAGCAGACAGAAGACAUUGCAUACCGAUACCACAAAGCGGCUCUGUUGCUGGAAGGCCUGGCAAAGAUCAUACAAGACCCGGUUGAUAUAGAAAACAUUAACAAAUGUAAGUCACUUUGGCGGUGUGGGGCGUCCCCCUCGCAAAGUGUGACUCCUUUCCUAGAAUCUGGGGCAAGCCAUGUUGCUCUGAGCCUCAGCAACCCAAAGAAUCCCCUCUUAAGGUUUCAAUACAAGUGCUUCUUGCAGGUCCACCUGUGUCCACCUCUUUUUAACACGUUCUCCUUUGCUUUCAGAUAAAGCGAGUAUUGAACGCAGACUCUCGGCCCUUUGCUGCAGCGCAGUGGCUGUUUACGAGCAGUAGGCGAGUCGCCCGGGACCACUUGGCAGAUUGUUCCGCUACAGCCAAAUCGCCCCCUUUGCCCCUGUCGCAACAGGAGGGCAGGUUUUUACAUUUCUGUGGGUUUUCUACCAAAGAGAAAGGAGAAAUGUGGUUGAUUCGCAGAGGGGAAGAAACCCUGAACUAUCUCGGAGGAGACUUGCCUUAUGACUUAAAUCUUGCGCACCCCACCCUAUCUUUCACUGAGCAGCCAGGUUCAAAAGGCUCGUCUUUCCAUUCCCAGCAGAACCUUGCCACAAAGCCUCGGUUGGGGACGGCAAGUUGGCGUAUUAUUAUGAUUUCUUAUGAAAGGAUGGGGCAAAGAAUGGAACUUCCGUCUUUGGGCAAGGUCCAGAAUCACAGGCUCUUCCUGCUCAGGGAGCAGCAGGGCUGGAAGAGUUUUCUUUUUGGAACCAGACUCUGGGAGGAAGCUGAGAACAGUGUUAACUGCAAACCUGUGUCUUGUGAAGCUUUUGAGGCUGUUGCUGGAUUUGGACCUGAGCUCGUGUCUUGUAAAUAGCACUUCUUCAAGCCCAUCAGGCAUAAGAAGAAACAGCACCUUUUGGAAAAAGAUGAGGAGAAAUGAUGGACCUGGGUGAGGGUGGGGUCUUCUUUUUUUUAUUUUACUUUUGAGGGAGAUCCAUUUGGAAUCCCUGAAACCAGUUUGAGCAGUUAUCGUGGAUAUAAAAGCUUGAUGGUUUUGUCUUCUUCCUGAAUAUCCUGGCCCAAAAUACUUUAUAUUGCACUAAUUUACUAAAAGAAAAACUAUACUCUUCGCUUUUUUUUUUUUUUUUAAAAGCAGAAAAGGCACAACAAACUUGCUGGAGCAGGUUAGAGGAAACCAUUCGAUUUCACUGUAUGCUUUUCGAGGAGGGGGAAACCACCGCCCGUUCCGAAAUCAUCCAGAAAAGAAAAGAAAAAACACUUUCCGAAAUUUCAAAUGUAGCGUCUUAGGAGACUUUCAGGCAAAGCUGUACAUAACCUGUCUUCAGGAGGACUUUUUCCUUUUUUUAUAUACCCAUUUGUCUAAUACUUGAGUGACUUGGCCACAACUCCGGAGCAUUUCGGUGGCGUUGUGAAGCCCCCGCUGGCUUGCUGAUCUUCCCCACUUCCCCCUCCCAUUUAUACAAGUUUGGUUGCUUAGUUCUGUUGUAGCAUGUGGAACUUGUGUGUUACUGCCUGUAUUUAUCAGUAGGUAUCCCCUUAAUCCUGUCCCGCCCCCCCUUUCAUAUCAGAAGAGGCCUGCUGCAGUUUCAGUCUGUUUCUUUAAAACUGCAUAAAGGGUUCUCGGACACGCGCAGUGUUAGGGCUCUGCGUGUUGUGGUGGCAUGGACUUUCCCUCCCCUUACAGCAGAAGAGCAUUAAAAAAUCGGGGUGGUUUCUGAGUGGCUUUAGAGGACACUUCGACACUUCCUACGGCUGCUUCCCCCCCAUUUUCAGACAUGCCUCCGGGUGGCUUUUGUGAAUUCGUUAUCUAGGCAACUUAGUUUCUCUGGAAAUGACCCCUCUUCAUUUUGAGAGUUGGCUUGUUGUUGUUUUUUUUAAAAAUAAGAAAAUUAUCAUCACUUGGACACUUGAACACACCCCAUUCUUCAGAACGAAAUCAUUUGGAACCUUAUUUUUGUACUAGCCAGGCCUUCUCAGCAGGGAGGUCGUUGACAUUCAGACACCAUCUGUUUCCAUGAACUGAUGACCGUGUAUAUGUGUGUGUAUGGGUGGGUCUCCUUUCCCCCCUGCCCUUGUUUUUAUUUUCUUUGCUUUGACAACGUAAUGUACUGUUUACCUUAUUUAUCUGUAUGAGAAAUUCCAGCAGUUAAUUUGAAAGGGUUUUUUUUCCUUUUUAAUUUAUACGACAUUUGUAUUUUUAGGUCUUUAAUACUGUGUUUCUACUACCUCUUCUUUGUAACUGCAUGCAUUUAUUCUUGACUCCCCGUAGCGUAAUAACUGAAAAACAAAAACAAAAUCCUGUUGCAUAAUUUUUAUUAUGGCCUGUAUAAAUGUAUAUUAAGGUUAAAAACAAAACAAAAAAUAAACUGAUACUCAGAAGUG